AUUAUUCAUGUUAUAACCUAGGCCACCCCCUCAAAUGUGUAAAGACAUGUCAGGCGCAUUAAAUUUAUACUGUAGUAGGUGUGUGAAUGAUCAACAAUCAAUAUUGUUGGCAGACAUAGAGGGCGCCCAAAUCAAAUUUUGCUUAGGGCCCCAUUGAGGCUUCUGAUUUGAAAACUACAGUUAACGUUACACAUUUUUGUAUCUAGUGAAGCAACUUUAAUACAAGACACAUGUAUGUUUCACAUAUUAACUGCAUAUACUUUUUGCAAAAAAAAAAAAACAGUCACUUAGUAUUUAGAACAAACACAAGAUUCACAGUGGUUCUCCCUACACUGGGUUGCACCCAUCAACCAGUCUCAGCCAUAACAUGGUCCACAAGUGUAGCCCUAAUUUCAUCAGGGAUUUGCCAACUUCACCUCUUCUUCCUCUGCCCGUUUGAUCCACUUCCCCUUCCUCCCCACAUUCUCACCCCUCCUCCACAAUGCUGACCUUCCAUUUUUGUGUCACAGAAUUAUAGAAAUGGUACACACUACGUCCUGCUUGGUUUAUAUAUGCUUGCCAAGUGAAGGUUCAUGGCUGGCUUGUCAUUGGUUACAACUAAUGCUUCACACACCUCCUGAUGAGUGAAAGCUGAGGUUCACCUGAGAGCAAUCGUUGAAUUUAGGAAAAAAAAAAAGAUAAAGAAAUGUAUGAAAUCAGCUUGACAGAUUUUGAGAACGAGUUCAACAAUUUUGUAUGUAAUGACUCAAGCAAUGAAAUGAGGACUAUUAGUUUUAUAGGGAAUGACUAUUCAGCAUUCAAAAGUAUAGUUAAUUUUGACUGACAUGACAGAAGCAAAUGAUAAUCUUGUAACAGCAGAUAAUUGUAUGAAAGUAACUGAUACAUGUCCAAGAGCAUUUGCAGUUUGUUCAGAGGAAUGAGAAACUGCUACGAUGAUGUGCACAAAUGACUUAAUGUUGUGGAGGUUGAACUAAUAGUUGUAAGAACUUUCAUUCUAAUCUGAGAAAUGCACCAAAGAGACUGAGAAAAACUGUAAUGCUUAAUUAGGCUGUACCUAGUAGCAUCAUAGUAUUUAUUUGCUCACGAAGGGAAUAAUGGUUCAAUAUCUAUAUCUGAUACAAAUCAAACCAAAACUUUAAAAUCAACCAAAUUUUGGCCUCAGAUCAUUUUGUUAAUAGGAAGUUUAGGAGCAGUUAUUCUGCAGGGGAGAACUGUGUUUCUGUCCCUGGUUCUGAGGUGGGAAGAUUUAAACAAAAGCUGUGUUUUAAACAAAGGUGGGAGGGAAGUCCCACUCCCAAAGUAACUGUUUAAUUAAUAUCUCAAAAGAAGGUCAAAAUGGCUGGUAUCAUUUAUUAUACUUAAAGAUUUUUCUUGUCAUUUUCUCUUGAGUCAUUCAAGGUCUGAGGAUCAGUUAGUCAAAGCAGUCUCUUUGUUUUGAACAUGUGGAAAGGGUAACAUCACCCUGCAGAAAUUGUUUAUCUCACAGCUGUCUGGUAAUUCCCCUUCUGUCUGAAAAACUAUGCAUAGGGGAGAGUGGGGUAAGUUGAGCCAACCUCUGUUGCUUGGAAAUGGUAAAAGAAAUUGAUCAUGUGACCAAAUAAUUAGGAAAUGGGCAUCAAUUCAUGGAGUCUGUGAAGGGUAAAGGCACAUGGGGGAUCAUUUUUUACUCUUGAAGUGAAUUAUAAGUCUGUCAUAAGUUUUAUUACGAUUGUUUUCAGACCGAAAAAGAUCAUUCUAAAUUUGUUUUAUACAUCAAUUGUGGUAUGAGCUUCAACAUGAGGUCAAAAACCUAGCAUAAAAGUCCACCAUUUUAGCUUAGAAGACUAAUAAAGUCAUAAUAGUAGUUCUGGGGUGAGCUGAGCCAUUUGGACUGGGAUAAGUUGAGUCCAUGGCUCAACUGAGGAAAGUAAAGAAGUCUGAUGAGAGGAUCAGAGUUUCAGCUCAGAUUGUUGAAAUGUUUUACUUUUUCUUUUCAAAAAUACAGCUGUGAAUGUUCUGAAUCACUUUAAGGCAUUCUUAUUACAGUGGCUUUUUACAAAACAGCUUUUUAGCAGUUUUGUGCAAUAAUAAUGACAAAAAGAGUCAUUGUGCCAGUUGAAUAGUGUAUAAUAGAUAAAAAUACACAUGAAUGUGAACAAGUGACUGUUAUUCAGGGAGAGAGAAGGGGAGGGACGGCUGGGAUGGAGAGUGGGGUGGUAGUAGGGAUACAGCUCAACUUUCCCCGCUCCAAUGGUCAACUUACCCCAUACACGGGGUUACAUGACCAUAGGAGACCCCUUUUUUGGCAUGCUAUAUUAUCUAGACGGUUAUGUUUACACUCAUUCUGUUGGUUUGCAGGAGUGCACAACAUCUUGAAAUAAAUGCAGAUACACUAGUUAGAGACAAAACUAUGCUUGCCUUGAUGUAGUGAUUCGAAAUAUGAAAAAUGGCUCAUCCUACACCACUCUCCCCUAUACACAAAAGUUGCAUGAGUUAUUUACUAGUUUUAACCACCAGAGGCCGCAAGUGUCCUACUAACGGCGGUGGAUGCUUAAAAUGUUUCAGAACUCCCUCUCUGUCUCACUGCAAGAAGUUUCUGAAAGCUAGACUUGUGUUUUGAGACAGAACUUGUCGGAGACUGAUAGCGUUUCACAAGGAGACAAGAAAGCAAGAACACAGAAGAACGCAUAUUGAGAUUCGCCCCGAGUCACUUUAACAUUCACGCAUGCUCACUUCCAACGGAGUCUAACAUAACGGAGUGCUGACGUCAGAUGUCAACACCGAGCAAACGUCUGUGUGGUCCACCAAUCAGCUUCAAGGCAGCCAGACUCUUGUAAAGAUGGCGACCGUGAGGCACAGAGGAGUAAAAACUGGACGCUUUACCGCUAAUAAACACCUUUGGUCCAGACACCGUAGACAUUGACACGGCAGCGAGACCGACGGUCAAUCGACUAAUUUACCAGCCGCGGCGCGCCGUUUGUUCCCGUCUGAGUGCUCUGAUUGUCGAGUUGGACUGCUGUUGCCUUGGAUAGCUCAUUAGCUUCAAGUUGGAGAGCCAGUGCUAACCCAGGGCUAGCUGUGUAGCUCCAUCGGCUGUCGGGGGUUUUCUGUGCGGCAUCCAUGGAUUAUAACCCAGCUCAAGUCAGCGCUGGGCUUCGUGUACCUCUGUAAAGUUUGUAUUUUGGUAAUAACAACGCCAAUGACUCACUUGGAUUAGAAUACUCCUGGAGGAACAAGGGGCUCCCACGACCUGGCAUUGCGACACUGUUCGGAGUGUCGAGUUGGAGUGAGUUUGCCGUCAUGUAUUUUCUAACCGGCUGGCCCCGGAGGCUGCUUUGUCCGCUGAGGAGUGAAGAGGAGCCCUUCCACAUCCAGCCCAGCUCCCAGAGGUUUUAUUUCGCCGUGCUCUCAGAGACGCAGCUCAGCAUCUGGUUCAGUCGGGUAAGUCCACUCCAUGAGCUGCAGCACUGGACAAAAACAUGUGUCGUGGUACCUCAGUUUAUCCAGCAUUAGUAUAUUCUUACCACAGCAUCACCACAAACAGCUGCUUUUAUUUAACAUGAAUACAAAUCACUCUCAUGGUACAGUAAAGCAGUACAGGUGUUGUGCCGUAGAAUGCACCCCUGCACCCCCUGCAUCCUAUCCACUCAUUAGCUUCUUAAAGUGGAAGAAAAUGACCUCAUAUUUAGAGAGAAAAACACAAGUAUUGGAUCAUGACAACAUGUGAAAUGGAGCAGCAAAUUUUCGCUCUGAUUUUAUGUGUCUUAAAAAUGCACAUAUAGAGGUGUACUUGGGUGUGUAAACUGUACAGUAAGCUGUCAAGGUAGAGUACGUUAUAUUUUACGAAUUAGAGGGCUGUUGUUUUCGGCUUAUCUGAAUAGCCUGAAUGAAAUCAUUAAAGGCACAUCCAACGGUAAGGAAAACUUAGAUUAUUUCGCCUUAUGUACUUUCAACCGCGCUCCCGUCAGAGGGUGCAAUCUACGGCAGGGGUGCAUUCUACGCCACAACACCUGCUGUGUUUCCCUAAUGCUAUUAAAAGUUCAAUCAAUAAAUAUCAGCAGCAAGUGUUCAGAUAGAUAGUGAUGAGACAUAUUUGAGAUGACACGGUGCAGACGUCACUUCAGUGGCAGGAAUGACAGGUAAUAUUCCAGGUCAUCAGAUGUGAAUAUCCGCAUACGUGUGCGUUUUACGAAGGUAAUGCGGCACAUCAGGUCUGUAAGUUGUACAGUUGCGCGUUUCACGUGUGUGGUUCCUCCCACUUACAGCCCCAUUCAUGACACAGGCCUUGUACCUUUACAUCAUCAUCACAGCCGCAGCAAUUUGAGCUGACGAAUGUGUUAUGUCACAUAAAGUCGCUGUUUACACUAGUCUAUACUUUUUCUAUCAAUAUUUGACUCGAAAAACUCGUUAGGUUUAAGGUCAACACUUACCGGUAUGAGGUUUCAAAACAAACACCCACAAGACAUGUGUUGAUUUAAGUUAUUUUAAGAAGCAGCCCAACUUGAAUUUCACAAGUAAGAAUGUAAACUGCAAUAUCAGCACAUAAUUGACUAAAGGCCUACAUGUUCUUAUUUGAGUAGCAUCUCAUCGCACACAAUGAUUGGGUUUACUGUCCUGUAAUGCCCCUAGUUACUCUAAAGGGCUUGUAUUUUUCACUAUUUACACUUUUUACUCAAUGUUAUGUAUUGACAAAUCAUGUAUUGAGUGGAUUCAAGAGUUGAAUGUAGAGCUGGGCGAUAUUGGAAAAAGUUUAUCACAAUAUAUUUUUUGUGUCAGUAGAUAUGGAUAUUUAUCACAAUAUAAAAAAUGAAAUUUAACAGUGCUUAUUGGUAGCAUGUCUUUAGCAAUACAAUAAGCUACUGCAUCUGUCUUUGCGCCUCUUUGACGUUUUGUUGUGAGGCGUUGCGCUAAAGAAAGCAGACUGAAUAGUCGGCUGUUUCUGCUGCAUAGGUGCCAUGGGCUCCUUGCUCCGCUCCGGGUUUGUAACCUUUUGCAUCUGCUUGAGGUGGUGAAAAAGAUUUGAGGUAUUCCCCUACUUUUUGCGAACAUGUACUCGAUUUAGCAGUUGUUUGCUACUUGGUUCUAAUACAGCACAUGAUUGGUUCAGCGCAAAGUAGACCCGGAGCAACUCCUCUUUUUAUUUGCUAUUCGUAUCGUCUACCAAAACAUGGGAGAAUGCCGACUAUCAAAAGCAUAUUGACCAUGUUUUAUAUAAAUAUUUAGAGAAAUUAAUUUUCAAAAUAUAUCAUUAUCGUUUUAUCACCCAGCCCUAAUUGAAUGUAAAGAUUAUGACCACCAGUCUUAUGUUGACAGCCUUUUUCACACUUUUCCCCUAAAAUGGUGAAGGAUAUCAAACCUGUUAAUUAUAAUGUGACUAGUGUGGUGGCAUUAUAACUUAAAAAACUACAAAAACAAGAAUAAUUCUGCGAGUAUGUUUAUUAGAGAUAAUUACUCUACCAAUGAUGAUAUAUUUUCCCAAACACCACUCUGAAAAAAAAAGGUUUUUGGAGGAGUAGAGUGUUGACAUAGAAAUAACUAACAGUAGAUAAAUGUGGUCGUAUAAACUUUCAACUUCAGAAAACAAUUUUGCUUCUUGUUGACAUUGUCAGGCUACAAUAAACUGACUUUGGCAUUGAAGUGACUCACUAGACAGAGGAAAUCCUAUUUUCACUGCCUAAAUAAAUUAAUUUUCUCACAGAGAAAAUAUGGAGUGAAUAAUAAUGGCAAAAUGGCCAUAGAAAUAUGUGGUAAUUCUCCACUCAGCACUGUUUGAAGUGCCAGCACCAGCAGCUGCUGUAGUAGUGAAGCCCCAUGCAAUUCCAAGUAUAGCAUUGUAGUGUGAACUGCAUACCAUUGUUCUCAUUUGUUUGCAUUCAUCAGAUUUAGCCCUGCUGAUAAGACGAGAAGCUAUUUGAUUUGAUAACCUGCGGUUGAGGGCAUUGUUUAUGACAGUCUGGGUUCUUAGCAGUUUGUAUAUUUAUUGAGUAGUUGCUACAAUAGAUCAGGGUCACUGCUGAUUUCCUGAGGCCCCCCUGACAGGAUGUGACAGUAUUUUCCUUCCCUCCUUUCUUAAGAACUUUGCCCAUCUGUAAGUAUCAAUGAGGCGCUCAGGAAAAACAUUGUGUCAGGAAUGUCAACUGGGGCAACUUCUCCUUCUUGACACUAACCUUUCACAUCUGUUGGACCCAUUAUGUCAAUUUAACUCACCAUCUAGCCCAAGUCUGAAAACAGGACUCUAGUGGAGGGAUUGGUUUUGCACAAUAUUAGGAAGUACUGUAUAGCCAAAAACAGCUGAUUUGUCCACCAUGUUGCUUUAGUUAAUCGAGGUGCUGGUGUAUUUGUUGAUUUCCUCCCUAACUUUCCUUCUCGUGUCCUUUCCAGCACCACCUCUAUUCUCUCUAAUCCCAUCACUCCUCGACCUCAGCCAGUGUAUCCUGAGCCUGUGUAGUUCGUCGGAGGCGCUUUCAUCUAAUCCGUGUAACACAGUGGCUUAGCCAUGUAGCCGUUACGUUGUCACCCUGCCACAGCUGCAUUGGUGGGGAGGGGGAAACUGGUCCAGGUGUAGAGAAGGAUUUUGUUGUUUUUGAGAAGCAGUGGUGACACUAUGGUUGGCUCUUUGUGUAAUUGUGGAACUUAGCAGAAUGUACACUCAUAUUGGUAGUUGUGGGUUUAAUCCUUUGCGUCCCCUGAGAUUUCUUUAGUUACACGAACAAACUGCAUGGUAUUGUAGUGCAGCUCUUGAGGUAGCGAUGGAGGAAAUAUAUGAACUUGACCCACGACUAGCAGCCUGCUCAGUUGUUGCUCAGUAUAAAUAAUGUACUCUAGUUGUGUGUUCGAGGUGUUUUUGUGCAAACUAAGGUAUUUUGGGAGCUGUGUUUUCAGUUUGCAGGUCUGUUAUAAAUGCUGUAUAUCUUCAUCUCCAAGGCUGGGUGCUGCAUUUAAUAACUUUUCUAGACUUAUAUAUCUUGAAAAAAAAAAGGGCAAACAUAUUGGCGUUUGAUUGACGGAAUCAACAUGAUAGAGCAAACAUAUUUUCUUUUGUGUGAAUCAUUUGUGUUGGACUGAUUCACUUUGAACCAUAUAAUAUAUCAGGGUAUAGUGAAUGCUUUAGACUGGCUGUAAAAGUCAACUGUUGACACACAUGUUGGUCAGCAAAAUUCAGUAUUCAAAAAGAAACAGUUUCAGUCUGGAGAGUUCAUAUCUUGUACACACUGUACAUGUAUUUUGAUUUAAUUAAAUAUUAUUGAUGCUAACAUUCAUGCAGGAAUAAGGUUGUGGCAGGUUGGACUGACAGGCGGGUGCGUUGCAGCAGUUUUCCUGCAGGUUUAACUUCACCCUCUCCCCCUAAUGCUAGGUUGAGUAGAGUUGGUAUUUCCAACCAGUGUUGUUCUCGUUGACGAUGACGAAAUAUUUUUGUCAUUGUCAACGAAAACAACACGAAAAUAUUUCGUCAUUGUCAACGAAAACAACACUGCAGAAUAAACGUUUGACUGACGAAAUGCUCAUGAAUUUUGCAACUCUGUUCGUCGUCCACCACUAACGAUUUCGUCUAGUCUCGUCAACGUAAACACACAUUCGUCUUGUCACAUUUUAGUCAUCUAAGACUUAUGUUUAGCUCGUCAAUGUCAUGUCACGUCUUCGUUGUGGAAAAAAAGGGGCGUGGACAAAAUAACCUGUCAACAAAAACAACCAUUUUCGUCAACGUCAUCAUCAACGAAAACAACGCUGUUUCCAACACAGCAUCUGUCAUUGUUUGUCCUCAUAAACCCAUGAGUAGCAUCGCUGUCCAUACUUUAUAUAGUCUAAUGCACCAAGUACCCAUUCUGCAAUGUGUCCUGAAACUAAAGCAUCGGUUCAACAAUAACAUCAUGUUUUCCCUUACUCCCAACUUUAAUAAGCUAUUUCUUGUGUGGUUAUUACUUUGGCUCUGAGAACCCCUACAGACUUAGUUCUGAUCAUAGUCUGAAGAUAUUGCAUAUCAGGCAGUAAGGAAGGUUUCUAUUUCAGUUUCACACUGCGUAAGCACCGUCAGACCAGAGCAAGGUUCAUGAAGAUUUCAUGCUACGACAAAGGGCACUGUAGAGUGGAAAGUCUUCAAACCCCGGCUCUCAUUACUGUGACUUGGUACAACGUAUAAUGUUGCACAGCUGGAAUUACAUGAGACAGUUUCUCGCUUUAUUACCUGAUGAUCAGCAUUCAGGUGUCCUGGUUUUCAUGCACUGCUAAAACUCUACUCUCACACAGAAAACACUUGCUGCUUCGCUUUAACACAAACCAACAUGAACUCGUGAUUCUGGAUUUUAAAAAAUUCUCACUUCCUAUUUCUGUGUCUGGCAUCACACAGAGGAAGAGGUUACUAGGGUGGUAACAUCACAUGGUGAAAACACAAAAUGGUAGAAAUUAAGGGUUGAGUUUUCAAUUUACAUAAGUUUUCAGCAUCAGUUCAUUUUCUCUUGUACUUUCAUUGAGCUGUAAGGUAUAACAUUUAAUAAAACAAAGACCUGCAGGGGAUUUCCACUGCUUUUUUGAAGCUGAUGACAGAAGAAUAAGGUUUUGAGGUGUUGAGUUUUCUGGUGGUCUUCAUCCGACUUCGUUAGCAGCUGCUGUGCUUUCUGCCAACGGUCCUCACCGGUACUCAUACAGCUGUAGAUAAACAUACCAUUAGUGUGCGUUCUGCUUAAUGACAGAUUGUAAUGAACUGCAGGUGAUGAUUGUUCAGUGAUGGAGGUUGAAAUCCAACAGAGUGAUAGCAGGGGUACGGGAAAAUUAAGGGCAACAGCCUGAGGCAGAGUGUGGCUGUGUGUUUGCCCUUUCAUCUGUCUGUCUGCCCUGUGCUGUGUGGUGUAAACAUGCCUUGGACCAAGAGGUAAUUUUUAGAUUAAGUAAGCCUCAGAGAGUUAAACUUGGCAGUUUGGCAAAAGUCAAGUAUCAUUAAGAUCCUGCAAAAACUGUCACAAUAGAGUUUUACAUUCGUAUUGCAUCCACUAUUAAGUGUUCAUGUUCUUUCCGAUACAUUUGCUGCCCUAUAGAGAAAUCAGACCCACAUUCUAUAAAUAUGUGACCAAACUGCUCGGGAUUAUCUAAUGAUGUAUGAACUGAAGUUUCAGCCCAGCUGUGCUGUCUGUUUAAGGACUGGGCUAUCUUAUUGGGGUGUUGUCAAAUCACAUUCACACCCAAAACACAUCCAAAUGUAGCUUUGUGCUAUUUUCGAUACUAAUUCUAGUGUGAGUCUUCUCUGGAGUUUUGCUUUAGGUUAAUAUAUGUAGUGCUCAGAUGUCUGUGACCUGAAGGUGCGUGAAAGCUCAUUUUCUUUUCCAUAUCCCUUCUUUCCCACCCACAGCCCAGUGUUUUGAUAGUCAGCUAUAUCGAGUCUGCAAAGGCGGCGGCCCAGUUUGGCUUCUACCAGAGGGCCGAAUGGAAACCAGACGACUCGAUGAUAGCUGUGGCGGUAAGUACACCACUCCUCUGCCCUGUCUGUUCUCAGAUAUGCAGGUUGAUUGAUGAUGGCGAUUUUGUAUCUUGUCUUGUAAGCUAUAACCCCUGGAGUGAAUCAGAAAGUGUUCUCCUAAAAAAAGUCAGAAAAUAGUUGGUGACUUGAUCUUGUAUCUGACCUCAUUCUCUGGAAUUCAGAGGUCUUGACUUCAUUGUGUCAUAGUUAACACAUGAAAUCUGAACUGCAGAGAUUCGACCUCAUAGAGGGGGUGACACAGAGCGGACUCAAUCACAACAUUUGUUGCUUUUAUAAUAAAAAUUUCAAAUUAAUCUGAUUAACUCAACUCAUGUUUGUUUUGUCUUAUCUGGUAACAUCUAUUGAUGACAUAAUAAAUGAUUUUAGACCAUGUUGGUUGGUUUCAAAUGGUUAAUAAUUCCACUGUCUAACUACAAGUUGAUUUAAUAUUCAGAGCUGAUGCUUUAGGUUUUUUUUUUUUAUUGUCCAUCUGAUACCUCUGAAGCAGCUUUACGUGAUUUAAUUCGCCACAAUUAUUCAUCUCAGCUAAUGUCUUUGAAACCCUCAUUUUAGUUUCUGUGAUUGUUGAGCUGACCUUUUUUUUCACUAUUUGAUCAUGACAAAUUACAAAAUAUUGUCAUACUUUAGUUGACCCUGUCAUAUUUUUUUGAGUCUGAUCCAUAACAUUUGAAAAAUCUCAGAGCAGGAUGUUUCUGUUAUUAUGCUCUUUUAAGGAGACUCACCGAUCAGAUGGUGAGAAUUGAACAAGUCUUGAGACCGUUUUUGAAUGAGUCAUUCAGAGCAUCCCGCCUAGUCUCAUCCUCCAGCAAACCUUUGUCCCACAAUUCGAACCUUUGUCCGUACAAGAUUUUACUACAGUGUUUCUUUUCAAAAUAAGAAAAGCAAAUGAUACCAACUCUUAAAGCGUAACUUUUUGAAACUUAUUUUCUUUUUUUUUUAAUACCGAUAUGGGUCCAUCAAGCUGGAUCCAUUCUGACAAGUGAAGCUUUUUUUUUUCAGUCACACCAUUUUCGAUAUUCUUUCAGCUUUAUCAAAGUAAAUUCACUUGAUUUCCCUUUAGCUGAAAGUUUACAACCAAAGGCAGAAGUAGUUUUAGACUGUUGGAUUUAUCAGGAUCUUUCCAUUAAAUUAAACCACAGCAGCUUCCUCCUUGUAGCGGUGUAUCACAACAAGAAAAUGAAAAAUGUUGGAAAGAAAAAACUGAUAGUGUGGUAGGCCUCUUCAGAGCAGCAGAGUUUGUCCUAUUUUUGCUGAGCUUAAGAUACAAGGUAGGCAUUCCCGUGGCAACGAGAGCGGAACUAAAAUAUACUCCCUGAGCUCUUUACAUCAUGGUGCUGUUUCACUUUCCAUCACACACACACACACACACACACACACACACACACACACACACACACACACACACUCACACACACACAUCCUGGAGUGCAACUGUGUGUAACGUGUUAGAUCCUCUCUGGUUGUCUCGGUGCUUUCUGUGUGUAUUGAUGACUCAAUACACUUGGUGAUCUCGACUCACUGAAGACAGAGUUUCAGAAGUUUGAUACCCGAGGCUCCUCUCUCUGACUAAGGUGGUCAUCACUUGAGGUGUGUACGGGAUCUUGCAGAAGAUUGCAAGUAGCUGCAGGCUCAAAUCCUCUGGAAUGUAGUAGCCACUUAUAGAGGAGUCAGAGCGCUGCAUGUGGUGCUUUAGGCAAAUCCUGCUGUAUUUGAAAGUGUAAUUCUGGGUGUUGGAGAUAAUAGUAGCAGGGGUUCAGGGAGCGGCUGCUCCGGGCAUAAGAAAACUUGGAGCGCCAAAAUUGGCCUGAUGUUGAACUGUGAAAGACAAGCUAAUAAACAUGAGCUUCACUUUGAGGAGGCUCGACAGGCUGCCAAUAAAGGGAAACGAGAGAGGGUGUUCAUGUCUCAUUAAGUUCUGCAUGAGAUAAAGAGGACUAUGUUAAAGCUUUUUCUGAGGUAACUAAAAUUAAAUGUGCUGUAACAUCAGUAUGUCUUUAGAUGGUCAUUAAUUAAGAACACUUAAUUAAAUUUUGCACAUUUUAUGGCACGAUUGAAAUGCUCCAGUUGUAGUCUGCUCUUUCUCUGAUAUAUUCUCAGACUUUAUUUUCUGUCUGCCUGCAGGAAGUCAACUCAAAAUGAACCUGUAGUUUUAUAUGAAGUAGGUUGUCACAGUCAGACGUAUUGUUAACUAAAGGUUACAUUUGAUUGCAUCAAGCCAAGUACCCAGAUAGUCCAACAAAUGGUCAGAUUGUGCCCAUCAGCCACCUUUGUUCAUGAUUCUGAGAGCAGAUUUCCUCUUUCGGCAAAGUUCAAAGUAUUUUCAGCUCUUAAAGGAUUUUAAGAGGGCACUGUUUGUUGCCUGAAUUCUGUUUAAACAGUACAAAUUUAACAGCGUGCUGAAUCAAACAAGAGCAGGAUACACAGCCAGCUUCGGCUUUUUUCUUGUCUUUAAAUAAUCAUGAACUUCUGUGUUCCCCCCUCAGGACUUUCCUUCCUGUUUCCAUAUCCCUGCCUUUUGGCGAACUCUCUAGAUCAACCCACCAACCAAAAAAUUAUGCAAAUUAUCAGCCCACAAAGCUCAAAAGAUGUGAUUUGAAAAAUUUAUACUCAUUACCAUGGAGAUGCGAAACAGCUAUGUUCUUGCCAGCUUGUUUCUGUGUGGAAGCCCACACAAGCUUAGUGAUUUUAAUUAAGGCAGACCUUCUCUCACUGUCACGGAUCAUCACAUAUUUUACAUUUCACUUCUCCAACUGAAUCUACUGCUUAUCCAAUUAUUAUUCAAUAGUGUUGUUUAUAAAUGGGUGUAUUGAAUUUCUUAUGUAAGAUAUUAUCAUUUCAUCAGCUUUUCCAGCACCACACAGGGGAACAAAUCAACAUACCUACAUUAUUAAUCAUAAUCAUGUGUACAUCUACACUAAUAUUGAUUAUGAGACUGGCCUUGGUGUGCCCACAACACCAUUUUCACCAAAUCAAGAGGGAUUUUAGUGUAGUUUUUGCAUGAUAAGCUCAAAAAGAGGUUGUGUUUUGAACCCCUCCAGCAGCAUAACUUCCUUCAAGGCUGCACACUUCAUCAAUUUUUCAGUUUAUUGAGUUGUUCUUAUUCAUGUUUAGGAUGUGAAUCUUUCUGAUCAAGUUCAGCCUGUGGUAAUUUCUGUGCUAAAUGAAUAACUUGAUACAUACUGUGAUUUAGGAAAAUGAACAGAUGGAUGCUGCAUCUGCUGUGUCAAGCUUGUAAAUGCAGAUGAAGUCUGAGCAGUUGUAAUGGAAUCAGACUGUUUAUCCUCAAAAAUCCAUGUAAAUGAAUCCACAGAGUAUAUAGGAUAAGGAUGCAAAUGGUGGAAUUGGUUUAGCUGGUCUGUUUUGCUUUAGAGUUGAUGUCUUUGUUUGACAGAAAAUGCUUUAAUUAAGGAUUAUAGUCAAGUUUCUGCGAUCAUUCAAAACAUCAAAAGCCCUAAAGGAUAAAGGAAAAAGCACUUGACUGAAUGAGAAAGUGAUCUUGUUUCUUAGAAUACAGUAAAAAUUAACAACAACACAAUCCACCUUCACAAAAUGUCAGCAACUUAAUUUAAAGGGCUAAUCCCACCCUGGCACUUUCUCUGUUUGUUAACAUUAUAGUGCAAAGGAAGUGUCUCGCUGAGUAAUCUUACACAAGAAGAGCACCGGAGUCAGUAGAUGACUCUAUCAGCCUCCAAAGGCCAUGUGACCAACAACAACAACAACACAGGACAACUGCCAAGACCAAGAGCAGGAGCGGACACCACCAAACAAACCACACACAGAGAAUUGAUUCAUUAGCAUCAUUAGUCCCCACUGUGUACAUGAGCUGCUCUGUGCUCUUCUGUGCUUGUAUCCAUUCAUAAGAGUGGAGACUGUGAGCUGCCUAAAAGCGUUUGCAACAUGAGAAACUUCAUUCAGUGUUUUAUUAUACACCAAACCAACCAUCUGAUUAGACAAGCUAAUGGAGAUACCUCAGCAUUUUGUUUUGAUAUAACUAAUGCUGAGUUUCCACUGAGUGAUGGGCACGACAGUUCUUUUAGAUGUACUAAAUCACCAGAAUCAGUUCACUAAAACGAUUCAUUCAAAAGAUUCGAUCACCAAAUCAUUUAGCGGGAGAAGCCUGUGACUCCGACCUCCUGAACUGAUACACAGCUGAACAGUUUAGGAUUCAGUUCAAUUCAUAGCUCCUGGGACCAGUAGAUGAGAGUGUGUGGCCGUGUUGCUUUGGCAAACAGGUUUUUUAAAAAUGAACUUGUUCAUAAGUUAUGAAGUCAUGCUCAGUAAAUUGGGGUCAGUGAGUGAUUCGUUCACUGAACAUUUAGGAGAAUUGACACUGAACAUGCACUGUUCCCUCGCAAACUGCUGCAAUGAUAGGAUAGGAUGCUGCAGGUUUAAUGCACUACUUGUUACAUGCUGUGUUCUAUUGUAUGAAAGUUGUUGUGGUGGCAAUUUAGCAGUGAAAAAAAGGUAGUUUUUCCGACAAAAACGGUUCCAGAGAGUGUCGUUCAAUGCUUGAUUCGUUCACCAAGUGAUUCAGGCGUUGGUGCAUGUGGUCCCUCGUUCGCCGGCUGCUGGCCUGGCAGAUGCUGUUUCUCACUUCAGCUCAACUGAGGUAAGAAACGAACGAAUCACUAGAGUAAGUGAUUUGGUUCAGUACGUUCACUUAAAAGAUUUGGUUCUUUUGACCGAAUCAUUCGCGGAUAAAACACUAUUUCCACCAAAAAAUAAUCACAGUCAUUGAAACAAGCCCCUUCACACAUGAUCUCCUGACAUUUACAGAUCAUGUUAAUGAGGAACUCGAUGUUAGAGGUGAGUUUUAUGGAUCUUUGAAGGGAGUCGAAUCUUGAGGAGCAGUUCCUAUCAAAGAGCCGUUCAAAAGUCUGGAUCAUUGUUAUAUUUGUUUAUUUUUUUUCAGAAGUCAAUCAGGGGUACACAUAGAUGGGAAUUAUUCUGAAAUAUUGAUUAUAAUUUCAUUUGGCUUUGGCGUUUUCAUCGUAAACAAUACAAAAGGUGGUGCCAUACUCCCACGCUUUGACAGUGAGAUCACUAUUUUGACUAAAGAUAAUUAAUAACUACCCGGUGUUGGGCACACAGAUGACACAUGAAGGCAGCAUGGGCAAUUAGCACAUGAGAACAGCUUGCUAAGAAAUGGCUCAUCACUGUAAGGCAGUCUCAUUGUUCACUAAAAGAGCUGUUCAAAAGACUGACUCUUCAGCGAAUAUCACAUCUCUACUCGCCAUCACAGCUGGAAAUUUCCUGUGUUGGACGCUCCCAACUUAAAGCUCCCCCAAGGAUUUUUUUGUUAAUGUUAAUGAAAUAGACUGAGAUUCAUAUUUAUGCAUUUUUACAACAAACAAAAACAAACAAGACCAUCUGCAACAAGACGCACAGUUUUGAUGCCUAAAACGAGUUUGGUCGUAACAGCUCUGUUUUCACGUUUUCCACAACAAUAUACGUAUUUGCAAUAAAUUUUAAAAGUCAGAAGGAUGAGAUUUUUAUUAAAAGACGCAAUUAAAUCAUAUCAAGAAUGAGAUAAACAAACUGUUUUUGUCCACAAACUUAAAGUUCCUUACAGGAGCUUUAGAAUAAUUUGUUCAUUUAAAUGCUGGGGUGUUCGGGCCGAUUUGAAUAAUCUUUUUUUAGAGUGUUGUGAAUGUUUUAAAGUAGCUAUCUUGGGAACUUCUGCUGUAGGACGAGUAUCUGUGCAAAAGGAGAAGUGGGUAGCCAUCCAUGAUGAUGAUUGUUUCUGUAUGUUUUUAUUACAUCAUAAACAUUUUCUGUAAUGUACACACGACUUUAAAAAAACCAUAAAAAUGACUACAGAGGCACGCAAUAAGAGGAACUCAGCUCAGCUGACAACAUCAGCUCACUGCUUACUUCUCCACACAUGUGAAGAGUGCUGUAGUGAGUUGAUGCUGGAUGGUCUUUCAGGCCUUCAUAUAUGACAAAACCAAAAAGAUCCCUCUUGUAGAAAUGUUCUGUGGUUAGCUCCACGGACAAACUCUAUAAUUUAGUUUUGUUUUUACUCUAUUUUCAUACUAAGCACAUGCACCCCGACAUUUCCGUGUAUACAAUUAUAAUUUAUCUUAUGCAUAUGUUUAUGGUGAGUUGUUUGAGUUGCAUAACAAAAAGGUCUGUGUAAGUUGUUGUAUCCUAUGAUUUCAUAAACCCCCACAUUACAGCUGCUAAUGCUGCACCUCUUUGAGAUCACUGCAAGGAAAUGCAGUCAAGGACAUUACAGGCAGACGUCAGUGUAUGUUUUUCCCAUAACACCGCCUCUUGUCCUUGAAGCAAAUGUUCCAAACACACUGUGUCAGGUGUUAAAAGGACCACAACAACACACACAGUCACACGUGCAGUUUUUUUUUUUUAUGUCAAAGUGAAUGUUUUGGAGUGUUUGCAACUGCAUGAUUUUAUUUCAGCAGUUAAGGUCAGAAACUGUUAAUGUCUGUAUGGUUUCAAAAUGGUCUACAUGUCAGUAAAAGGUAGUUUCAGAAGACAUCAUAGCAUAGCUGAUGAGUAAAAACAAACAUAACGGCCUUUAGCUUCUUGAUUCUGUCUCUGCUCCUCUUUUCUCCGAGUACUUCCCCUUCAUCCCAACCCCUUCCAGAGCAGCCAAAGUACACAUGAGUGAAUGCUGCGAAUGUGUCUGGGAAAACAGUUAAGUCGGGCUCACUCCCAGCCAGGUCCACCCAGCCAAACACAACAGGGAGCAGGUGGAGGAGUUAAAAAUACCAGGGUGCACUCGUUCUCUCGCUUCCUGAGCUGCACAAAUGCAGAGUUUGAUUCUGAGUUGUGAGUAGUGAAUUGUAAGGAAAAGUCAUGUGGGAGGAUUGGCUUUACCCUGCGUGGGUAAAUGAGAUGUGCCUGUGCUAUUCUUCAUGUGGCAAAACUGCUGCAAGAACCAUGAACCAUGUAAUCUGCCACAGAUAUCCCUUAAUGCUUAAAUGAUUCAGCUUUCAGGCUCUCGUCGUUCUGCGUUGGUGAACUCCACCAGAAUCCCUGCUUUCAUUAAAACUGAAAUGUCCUUCAGGAGGAUUGAUUAGUCUCUGUGCUGUUCUCACUUCCUUACCUAGCUCUAUUCUCUGCUCUUUGUCUCAAAAAGGAAAUAUUGAUAUCAAGCAACACUUCAGAUUUAUCUUACACAAGGGAUUUGGGUGUGGUACGUCAAUUUUUGUUGCAUGUGUUUAGUUUUUGAAAAUGAGCUGAGUCCAAUAUCUGAGCCUUGAGGACAUAAAUGGAUGUUUUAAAUUAAGUUUUUUUAAGCAGGAAUCCACUUUUCAUUUUCAUUUUACACAGAGCUUAAAAACUCUCAGAAGUGCACUCUUACUGCUUUAAAAGAUCAAAACAACGUCAGGUGGUUUUGCUCAAAAUAAAACGUUCAAGGGAUUCAUUGAAGUGGUGGUGCAACGGAUCAUAGACCAACCGUGACUGGCUGCUGCACCACUACUCUUACCUUUCAAACCACCCUCAUGAUUCUGACCACGUGGUGUUAUCAUCGUAUUUUUUUUUUUUUUUUUUAAGCACUCACCUCUGCCUCAGACUGAUAAAAGCAUGAGAAAGAUAACUGUCUGUGUUUGUCUUACCCCUGCAUGCUCUCUGUGUGUGGAUGAGGAGACAUAGGGGUGCAGACUGCAGUGUGUAGUGUUGUGUCUUGGCUACUUGAGAAUACUGGAGAAAUCUGGUGACAGCAGCUGCCCUAAACACACCAGAAGUUUACAGAUGCACAACACAAAUAUUUAUGAAUGAAGUAGAUUAAUCCAUCAGACAUUCAUUCGCCUAGUAUUCUGGUUGGGAGUUUGUAAGCUGUACUGCUUCCUAUUUUGGCCAGGACACUCUUAAAAAAAGAAACGUUUAAUGUCAAGGAGUUAUUCCUCCUGUUUAGAUGAAGGUUAAAUUAGAAAAAAAAUGCUAGUGUGUCUAAGAGUGUGCGCACAGCUGGAUCAAAAACACACUCACACACACAGAAUAUGAUAAGAAGUUGAGCUGAUUUCUGCAUUGAGUUGAUUUGUGAAGUGUAGAUGUUUGAGUAAUCAAAUGUAAAAGCAGUGUUGAAUUAAUCUUUAUAGAUUAACUCUGUAGUUGAAUCAGGCUUUGUUAAAGCUUUUGAUGAAUAAUGUUGGCACAACUCCCUGGUAUUGAGAUUUAUGAGGAUGUAGUGUCCCCUUCGGUCAGUCCAAAGAGUGAACCCCUGUGGCGGCUCAGUGGUAGAGUCAGUCAUCUCUCUGUCAGGAGGUUGGGGGUUAGAUCCCACAUCCCACUGUCCACAUCCUGCGCCUUGUGGUGUGUGAAUGAAAUUGGUCAAAAGCUGAUGGGCUCUUUGCCAUUAAUGUGUGAAUGUGAUGUGACGUCAAAAGACAAGAGAAAGCCCUGCAUAAAUAAAGUCCAUAUACUAUAACUUAUAGCCCUUUUGACAUUUUCACUGCUUUUGGAAAAUGUUCUUUUUUGUGAUUGAUUGUUCUUCUAAUAAAAACUGGAAUUUUAAAUGGAAAUCAGCCCAAAGAGGAUUUACAGGCAAUAGAUUUUAAAGGAGGAAUCUUAAUAUAUUGAAGAAGCGUAAAUUAUAGCUCAAAAUUUCAAACAUUUCUACCUCUCAGUUUGAGUUGUUCAAAGGUAGCUCAAUGAAGGCCUAAUUAGCUUAAGCAAUGCUAAAUAAAAAUGUGGAUAAUGAGCAUUUAUUUGAGUUCCUUGUCUAGAUGGGGGAGUAAAUAACAUUUAAAAUUGUGAUGGUAAUAAAAAUAAUUAUUAAUUCAUCAAUUCUCAUUAUGGUGGUUGGCUUGAUUGAAGUUUAAACACUGAAUUCUUUCUUUUGAUCCUUGUAUCACAAAUAAAUAUGUACCAACAAGUCUGGUCAACAAGUACAGUUCAGAGUUUCCACAGCAGAACGAUGUCACUUCUUUUUUGGUGGCAAAUAACCCAGGAGAAUUAUAACUGGUCCUUUUGGCAAAUGUAGUGCUCAGAUUUGUGGAGCAGCCCAGUUUGCCUUUUCACACACCGUCAUUAGACAUUCUGCAGAAGACGCUCGGGAGAUUCUGCCCGAGCACACAGAAGGUCGUGAUGACAUUUCCACAUUGAAAAGUCAAAAAUACAAACUGUCCUCAGGCUGUGUGGCAUCUAGUUUCCUCUUCUCAUUUUUAUCCUACCAUAACAUUUCUAACCUUCAUUUGCAUAUCGUGUUUUAAUUACAGUGUGAGCAGACGGUGAGUAAUCAGGCGGUAAAAAGCACAUUGGCCCGAGCAGAAGUCCUUUUCUCUUUAACUACCAGCUGUUUCCCAGAUGUUUGGCUGCUCUCACACCCUGCAGACAUCGAGGCUAACGUAACCGUCCUUCUUAACUGUGGCUAGGUCUAUCUUUAGCUAAGUGUGUAUGUGUGUGUGAAAUUGUCAGACACAGCUAAAGCAAAUUACAAAGCUAGCAGCUUGGAUUUUUUGUGUUUGUGGCAGGAGCCGAGAAAGGAUGAAAUUCCUUAAACAGGGGAAAUACUUUUUAUGUGUGUGUGUGUGUGUGUGUGUGUGUGUGUGUGUGUGUGUGUGUGUGUGUGUGUGUGUGUGUGUGUGUGUGUGUGUGUGUGUGUGUGUGUGUGUGUGUGUGUGUGUGUGUGUGUUUUGGGAUCUCUCUGAGGCCAAACUGUUCCCUCUCUGUUUUUAGACUCACUCAGUAGCAGUGCUCACGAAAGAGUUUCCACCAAAGACCUUUUUUUCUUCAUUUGGCUCAAUCUUCUGUGGCACAGACAUAAUCCCACAUACAUGCAGGUACAUGUUAUUAGUUUAUGCAAAUAGUGUAAAUACACUGGAGGUUAGAGAAAGUACUUGGCUAUUGUGCAGGAGGCAUUAAGAAGUAUUUUGAAUAAGAUGCAGACUUUAAAACAUGCACUGUCUGCGUUCUCUGCAGCACUUUGUGUUUCUGCAAAUUAAUUCACUUGGGUUCCCAUAUUAUUUCUACACACAUGCAUGUUCAGGAUGCAGUGAUAGUGGCAUUAACAGGCUCUGCAAUAACUGUAAUAUCUUUUGAACUUCAUUAUUCAAGGUGUUUACUAGGGCCUGACCGAUAUGGAUUUUUUGGGGCCGAUGCUGAUUAUUAUUAUUAUUAUUUUUAUUUUUUUUUCUUAAUUAUUACAUUUAUUUAAGUUCUUAAUAUUAGGACCCUUAUUGUUAUAACUGUAUUUUUGCACUUUUUGUUUUGUCUGUGAUGCUGCUGUGACAAAAAAAAAUUCCCCCAUGGGGGCUCAAUAAAGGAAUAUUCUAUUCUAAAAAAUCAGAUUACCGAUUAAUUGGCUAAUUUUUAAAAUUUUUUAUGAAGUAAUAAAAAAAUAUAUACUGUAGAUAUCUACAGUAUACGAUAUACUGUAGAUAUACUGUAGGCUACUGCUCUUCACAUGGACAGGAAGACCGACUGAUCAUCUCAGUAGUAUUCCACAUAUUUAUCAUGAAUCAAACUCGGACCAGAAAAGCGUUUUCAAGCUGAUUACAGAUUAGUCUCAAACAGGCUAAAAUUGGCCGAUUUAAUCGGCUCGCCGAUAAAUUGGUCAGACCCUAAUGUUUACCUUUACUUUCUAGUCUGUUGUGGCUUGACUGGAUUAGAUUUUUUACAUCCUCCUUGAUCAAACAGAGCCGGGGAAUCCUGUCCUGAUGGAAAGAGAGGGUCUGGUUUUACACUGAUAUAGGGUGAAAACUUGUUCGAUUUAACUUUGCUUUAUACUGAUGUGUUAACACCUGGACAACAACUCUUUUGCCUAUGCACUGUGAAAACCUUUCGGGAAAAUUUCAGAAUAAUCUGUGACAUUUUACAGAGUUAAGAGACAUGGAAGUUUUCAUAAAUGUUGCUUUCAGCUGCUAGUGUGAGGGGAAACUGUGACACCACUGUACUUUUUGGUACAUGGUGUUAUUGAAUGCAACUACAGAGUCAGCAAAAUUGUGCAACAGAACAAUACUACAUUCCCUGCAUGUUGAUGUUUUUAUUUUCCUGUUAUGUGCGGCUCUUCCGUUUUUGCACUGCACAUAAGAUAAACAUAAUCAUCCCCUCCCACUCACUGCAGUUGCACAUUCGUUUAACUUCACUCAUUAUCAAAGUAAUACCAGGAGGCUUGCAGGAAAUAGGAAAUUUGUCUGUUAGCAUUCGCACAUGCAGGUUAUCUGGUAAUUAUUAUGAAAUAUUUAACAGUGAAGUGCAUGUGUGAAAAGGGCAUAACCAAAGUUAAAUCAAAGUACUGUUCAAAAAACUAACUUGAUUUUAUUAUUUCAUGUUUUUUUUUUUCCCACUAAUCUCAAAUAUGAGGAAUCAGACAAAUCAGACAUAACUCAGUUUGUUUGUUUGAAGCCACACACUUACUUCUCUGCCGCUAAAUGAGUCUAAUAUAUUCAUCUGUCAUGCACACUUUGCACUGUUUUGACUUCCUUGCAGCUUCUGUUUGACAAUAAAACACAUCUGUUCAGUGUUUUGGUUUGAGCUGUAGCACACAUUUCUAUCUGUUUCCUGUGUGUAAUUUUCUCUGAACGCUAUGAGUCACUUUUUCAAAGGUCAUUUAAGUUCGGGGCAGCACUGCAAACCCCCUCUAACUAGAGUGUUAGCGCACGUAUUUGGACCUCUGGAGCGUGUUUAAACAUGCAAGAGAGAGAAGCUUCCUUAACGCUUUUACGUGCUGCACAGAGUUCUGCUGACUCUCCACUUUCCCUGCAGAAACCACUGUCUUUGACUCUACUUACAAGCCUGGACUCAAGCAGUUUGCAGUCAGCGUUUUUUUUUUUUCCAUCUUUCAUUUCUACAUGUUUUGUAGAAGAAUAAAGUCAAACCUGGGGUGUCCCCCUUUGUAAACAGUAUCAAGCUUUAAUAGCUGGUUUAAAUAGUGUGUUAGUGACGAUCUAAAGAGAAAGUUUUGCAUGAUAAGAGCUAAAGCUGUGCUUUGAGUCCUUUUAAUUACAGAACAAUUCAUAAUGUACUUCUUAGGGCUUAAGGUCCUUAAACAACAGGACAGACGCAAAUAUCCGACAGGAAAUUACGAAAUAUUCUGAGGCGAAUUUUGACGGGCCUGACACACAUCAACCCCGAUGCGAUUUUGCGACUUUCCGGGGGGGCACAUCCCAGGUGGAAGCGAGAAGACUGACACAAAACCAGACUGACUGUUUUUCAGUUCUGAUUAGACACUAGUGUUGAGAUGGCUGUUUGUCAUGAUAGCAUGUACUGAGUCGGGGCCAGUACCAGAUAAGCACAUUAAUCUGUAAUCCACAAACGUAAGGUAACAACCAAGACCUAAUAGCGCUGUGACAGCAACGCGAUUGAGUUUGAGACAGUGAAAAUAUAUAUGCUAUGUUGUAUCUGAACAGGUUAGCUUACGAGCUAAAGUUACUUAGCACAGAUGAAAGUUAAAACAAAGACGUUUAGCAAACUGUAUGUAGGUUAUGUGUGUAGGUGGGCUAUGGUCUCAUAUCCCUUUUAAGACGCUGUCCUACAUCAGAGACGUGACUCCUCCCCAUCCAGUCUGUAACAAACAGGGAAAGACAGGUAAGGAGAUGGAGGACGGUUCAAAAGUUGUAGCAGCUGGAGCCGUGGCUGAAGUGGACGAAGUUAAUGUGGGAGGGGGUGAGCGGCUUGUGGAGUAGUUAUUGUCCAUUUAUCGUUAUUGAGGUGAACUGCUCAAUAUAUUGUGAUAUUGAUUUGAGGCCAUAUCGCCCAGCCCUAGUUCUUCUCAUUUGUAUUUACAGUUAAGGCAUGCUGAGGCAGGGGACUAUCAAGCGGUUUUACAUUCACUUCAGUGUGUGAUUGAUUGGUGUAUCAUGUCCGUGUCUGCGGUGUUAACUGAGCCGGUCAGGCACCACUCUUUUGGAUGCAUUGGUCUUUUUUGCAGGGUCAUGAAGGUCACUCACUUAAGUAUAUCUCUGUAACAAAAGCUGCACCUUUUUUCAAUCGGAGGCCCAAAAGAGAAAACUUCUUUACCUCCCCCCUCCCCGAGCCACUUGGAUGGAUUUUGCCUUUUGAUUCCCAGAGCCUGGCUGUUGAUUGAGCACUCAGAUGACAAUGGGCAGCCUCCUGCCUCUUCCUGUAUCAUUAUCUCUGCAUGUGUGAAAGCACUCAGGGCACCAAGAAUCCUGGAGACACCUCUGUUGCGGCUUUUCCCCUCCCUUUUAUCCACAGCUUUUCACAUAUCAGACCGAGAUGAGUCAGAGAAAAGCUUUUCAGGGUCUCAUGAAAAAAGAUGAAUGACUGUGUGAAGGCUUUCAAGUAUCUGGUGUGAUCAAACUGCAGAUGAAAGGGCCAAAUAGUUCUCCCAGCCCUCCCCUCCUCCCAUCUUUGAUACCUCACUGAGAUUCGCUGCCUCCUGUAAUUGACAGGCUUUUGAAGUAGCAGUCAAGUCACACUCACAUUUCCUUUGUGCUCUCACAUGGAUCCCCGCUGGGAAAGAAGUCAGAUUGGUGAAGAAAUGGGUCCAGAGGGGGGCUUGAAGACCUCUAACGACUUCAGGGGUGAAAUGUAAUCUUACAACUGUAUAUAUGAGUACUGUCAGGAGUCAUCCGUUCACAUCUUGGGUAUAUUUCUCUCUACUCAGCGACAUUUCAGUCAUUUUUUCUCCUCCACACUUGGAGAGAAAUAGUCUGUACUUCUUCAACAGCAGCAUCACAAGUUGUUUGGAUUAAACUCGUGGCUCUGUAACAUUUGGUUUCUAACCCUCUAAGCCUAAAACAGUGUGUGGUUGGAUGCCUGUGAGUUACAAACUGUUCAAACACAGAGGGAUUUUCCAUCUGGGCUUCUUUUUAAAGUUUUCAUUUAAAGGAGAGAAAAAAACAGUUUAAAGCCAAAAGAGUAUCCAUUCUUCUUUAUACCAAGCUGUGAUCACUUUAUUCGUCUUCUCAUGAAUUUCCUCCCAACUUCUUUUCCUCCAUUGACCCUUAAAUGAGGCUUAACCUUGAGCUAGGUAACCACUAGGUUGUAUUUUCAGAGUAUUUUAAGAAGAUAAACUUUCCCUGACUGAACAAGAUUUUAAAUGCAGGACUUUUGAGUGCUUUUUAGUCACUGCGCUGGCACUUGUACUGGAGCCAAGGACCUCUCACCUAAUAACGAUGAUAAACAUUUACUGAGGUACAGAGUGGGUUUUUAAAAACCCCUCGAAAGCUCCUCAAGUACUGCAGUUUUCCUGUCCUGUUGUUGAACCCAAAUCACAGCUCAGAUAUCGCUAUUAGAAAUAUUUGGAUGCCAGAUUUUGUUUAAUUUUAAGAGUUUUUUUGCUUUGUCUUAAAACAUCAGCAUUCAUUUGAAACAGAUCUGAAAAAUGCAGCUUAAAAAAAAUAAGUAUUUACUGUUAAAGUAUAGAAGAUUAUGAAGUUUUAGUAGUGUGUGCUUUCUUUUAUGCGGACUUCAUAAGCACGUUAGGCCACAAUAGCUAAAUGGGCCAUUGUAAUCAGACUCUAUCUGAUCCUGAUCAUGCUUUACUAUAUACGAAGGUUACCUGAAUAGAAUCAAGAGGCUGUUUAUCUUCUUAACCGGAGAACACAAUGGCUAUUGUAAGCAAAGUCAGGUCUGUGUAGGAUUGAUUGCAUUUUUAAGUCUCACUCUGAUUGAUUGACACCGUAAACUCAAAGUGUUUUAAGUUUAUAGAUACACACAGAGUUUAUAAUCAAUGCUCCCUGUUGGAUAUGUUGACGGGGAGUUUUGUGAUGGGAGUCGAUAAUCUCUUUGAGGGAAAGAGAAUGAACGCACCUUUAUGCAGCAGAGUGUUAUUUUCAAAGCAGUUAAUCAAUAACGCUAUGGGAGAUGAUAGGGAUUUGCUUUCAGAGGAAUAUCAGGCUCACAUUUCAGUUAUUGUCUUGAUUUUACACACCCCUGUUGUGUUGUUUUUAGCAGGUUUUGUCCGUGUAACCCAUGCGCAGUUUUGCUGAUAGAGGAGAUCUCACUAUUUUAUUAUAGUCCACUUUAAAGUUGCCGCUAACUUUUUCUGUGGUUUGGUUUUUCUCAGUGCUGUGGAUAGGGCUGGCCGAUAUGGCCUCAAAUCAAUAUCACGAUAUAUUGAGAAGUUCGCCUCGACAACAAUAAAUGGACGAUAACUACUCCACAAGCUGCUCACCCCCUCCCACAUUAACUUCAUCUACUUCAGUCCCCACUCCAGCUGCCACAAAACCGCCCGACGUAGGAUAGUGUCUUAAAGAGACAUGAGGCCAUAGCCUUCCUACACACAACCAAAACCAACUUUUAUUAGUAUUAUUUUUUUUGACACUGAUUAUAUUAACAUGGACAAAAUAACGUUGGUUAUUGUCGUAAAUUUCGGUAUCUGUAAAGUUUUGGUUUAUCGCCCAGCCCUAGCUGUGGCCAUAUACCUGUAAUUAAUAACGCUGUACUCACAGCAAAAAAGUCGUAGUAUCCAACAAACUCUAGAUAAAAACACGUUCAAGGAGAAACAUAAGAAACUAUAUUUUUUAUAGUAGAUCUUAAUAGCUGUGUAUUGAAUGCAGGUUCUGGAUGUUAUUCAUUGGUUAUUGUCAUAAAUUUUGGUAUUGAUAAAUUUUUGGUUAAUUGCCCAGCCCUAGCUGUGACCAUAUAUCUGUAAUCAAUAACACUGUAAUCACAGCACAAAAGUCAGGACAUAUCCACAAACUCUAGAUAAAAACACGUCAAAGGAGAAACAUUGAAAACAAUAUUCUUUAUUGUAGAUCUUUGGUUAGUAUUGACCACACUCACUCUAGUUCUGGAUGUUUCUGCAGGUUAACAGAGUCGCCCCGUAUCUUAUGUGACACACUAGUGCUGACAGCAGAGUUCAGAUCAGGUUUCGUGUCAUGUUUUCAGUCCGCAGGCUCAGUUUCAGUUUCUCGGUCUGUGCCGUGUGUCUGCAUGAGUAUGUAUUGUGGAAAAAAAAAGGACAUCUGCUGUAUUUUUCACACAGACAAGUAUUGUGCUUACCCACCAUUUUCACACCACAUAUGCUUUUAGGUUUCUCCGCACAAUGGUGUGUGUUUCAACUGUUUUAAUAUGCUAACAAAUUAGAUUGUGAGCAUCAUUCAUUAAUAAGUGCGCCUGUUAAAACCUGCAUGAAUAGUUUAUGAGCUGAUGUCGGUACACAGUAAUGGGCUGAAUAGACUAAUGUGAAUCUGUGUUUUGCCAAUUUGAAUUGGGGUCCUGAAAUGAUGAACCCUGCAGCUCAGUUUGGUCAGGAGACUGUGCAGGAAAAUGUCAGGCUUUGUCUCUUCUGCAUGCAAAUGUCCUACAAGUGAGUAAUGUCAAAUCUGGAAACUAGUCCUUCCUAAAAACUUUGAUAUCUUCUUGUAAACUGUUCUCACACAGGCAUGAGUGACUUUACAAUUUUACUCUUAUUCUCCUCUUUUUUGUGUCUGUUUCUGGCUGUAAAAUUUUAAAUGACAAUCUUCUUCUUCUGUUUCAGACGGCCCACGGCUACAUCCUCUUAUUUGAUGUGCUGGGUGGAGGGGAUGACAAGUACCUCUAUGAGCCUGUGUAUCCAAAGUGAGUAACGUGCACAAGCAAAGGCUCACACACACACACACACACACACACACACACACACACACACAUACUUGGCUCCAUUUAUACGUACCCGGUUACUUUUAAAAACACAGACAUUAACCCAGAGCCGGCCCAAGGCAUAAGCGAACUAAGCGCCUUCUUAGGGCCCUGCUGCAAGUAGGGUACCCCAAGAGCGAUUAAAAAAUAAAUAAGUAUUUUUUAUUUUUUGCAUGUAUGAGUGAUGCUUUCUGUAUGAUCAAAUAUUAUUGUAAAAAUAGAAUAAAGUAAAAACAUUUUAGUGCUGCUGCUGCUGAUGUAGGCCUAUGAUUCUUACUGCCAGUGAUACUUUUACAGUGAACACAAUGCUUUAUCACUUGGAAUGUAGUGAAAAUCAACCCACUGGAGAUUAAAAACCAUAUGUGGCACCCUGAACAUCAUUCAUCAGUCAUUCAUUGGUAUUAUUUGUAUAGUUGCAUUGGUAUUAUUUAUAGGGAUGCACGAUAUUUAUCGGACCGAUAGAAUAUCGGCCGAUUUGGGGGAAAAUUACGUCAUUUUUUAUCGGUCCGAUAGGUGCAUUUUUCCGAUAGAAAGAGCCGAUAUAUUAAUGAAAUUACGAGUAACGUUUGCAGGUGGAGUAGCCGCCCGUCGCGCCUUACUCGCAGGUCCCAAGCCUGACCCCUGUCACUACCUGACUGAUAAUAAAAUGUCUUCACCAGCAUGGUCGUUUUUCUCAGUGGCAGAAGAUGACAACAGCUGCUAUAUGCAAAACCUGUUCAGCGAGGAUUCCGAGAGGCGGAAAGAAGACGUCAAGUUUUAACACAACGAAUCUGAUAGCUCAUCUGAAAAGUCGCCAUGGCGGCGAAGCGGUAUUAAAAGACUAUGAGGCAGCCGCCAAAGCUGCUAGCGGUACUAAAGCUAAGACAACAACACUACGGAGGAUCGAUGUCCCCAUUCAGCAGGCGUUUAAAAACUGCAGAAGCUUCUCAAGAGACAGCGAAAAGGCUAAAGCCAUUAACGACAAAGUGAUGGAGUUCAUAGCGGUCGACGAACAGCCUUUUUCCGUCGUUGAGAACCCAGGUUUUCGUAAGUUCAUAGCACACUUGGAGCCACGUUACACUCUCCCAAGCCGCCGCUUCUUCUCGGAUGUGUCCCUUCCUAAACUCUAUGAUAUUGUCGCCACAUACAUUCACAACCUGAUCGACAAGAACGGACUACACGUGAGUUUUACCACAGACAUAUGGACGUCAGAUGUUAGUCCCGUCAGCAUGCUAAUCCUAACGUCUCAUAAUGGCUCCUUUACAGUUUACAGUUCUGUUGAACAGUUCAGGGGAUGCACUGUUUUGGUCAAAUGAAGUUCUGCUUUUUGCUCUGUUAUUGUUAUUUAUAGCUAAUGACCACAUAUUUUUGUGAUGACAUGGAAAAAAUAAACAUUUGAAGAGCCAAAAACUUUAGUUUGUUGUUCUAGAUAGGCCAGAGCAACAAAAAUAUCAGUUUUCAAUCACUGCAUCCUGCACAAACUGCAGAUUAUAUGAAGAUUAUAAUAAAUGUAAAAAUAUGAAUUUAUCGGUUAUCGGUAUCGGUAUCGGCCAUGAGAAGAAGAAAAUUAUCGGUUAUCGGUAUCGGUUGAAAUUUUUCAUAUCGUGCAUCACUAAUUAUUUAUGUUAUUACCUAGGCCGGUGGUUCUCAAGUCCAGUCCUCGAGGCCCACUGUCCUGCAAGUUUUGGAUGUUUCCCUGUUCCAACACACCUGAUUCAAAUGAUCAGCUCGUUAUUAAGCCAUUACAGAGCUUGAUAACGAGCUGAUCAUUUGAAUCAGGUGUGUUGGAGCAGGGAAACUUCCAAAACAUGCAGGACAGAGGGCCUCGAGGACUAGACUUGAGGAACCACUGACCUAGACCAUCCCCUUAAAUGUGUAAAGACAUGUCAGGCGCAUCAAAUUUAUACUGCAGUAGGUGUGAAUGAUCAACAAUUAACAUUAUUGGCAGAAAUAGAGGGCCACAAAAUCAAACUUUGCUUAGGGCCCCUUUAAGGCUUGGCCCGGCUCUGCAUUAACCAUCGUUUGCGCCCUUCGUUUGGAUACAAAUGGAGAAUUCGCCCCUGAAAACAAUGCUUUUAAAAACUCCGCCCAGAGUGAGUAUUUUGGAAAACUCUGUUUGCACGUAAACCGAGAAAAACAAAGAUUUGGGUAGCCAAUGGCAGAUUUUGCGCAGGAGGAAAGAAGGAAGGGAUGUUAUUGUUGUUUCUGCUAUGCAGGAUUCUGAUUGGCUAAUGUGGGCUUGAGCCUCUCGUGCCACCCACAUGUUUGAUAUGCUCUUGACUGCAUGUAUAUACACGGGUUAGUGUAAAUGAAAAUUUUUCUGAAAACGUAGUGGUGUGCAUGUAGUUUUUUUUUUUUGUGUGUGUAAACAGAGAGAGUGAAAUGUCCGUUUAUGAAAAUAGCCGGGCACGUGUAAACAUAGUCUGAGUCAAAACAGUGGAUAUCCAAUUUCAUGCCCCGCUAAUUGACAUCUCAUUCGUAAUCAUAAACUGCCUCAGCAUUAUUUAUGUCCUGCUGUUCAGUCCUGGAGAACAGUUCCUUGUUAUAGUGAGAAACGGGCUGAAUCAUAUUAGCAAUUAGCCAGCAGCUGUCUGUCAGAGCAGUUGACAUCCAGCGCUGCUUUCUUAGUCAAUACUCUGAUGUAAUUCGUAUCUUUGCUCAAGACCCGAAAGGUAUUUACUGAGGUUAUAUUGUUGACACAAGCAGGUAGAGAAAUUAGAACAGCUGACUGUGCGUUUUUCACUUAAACAAAGAACUUAAGUGUGCAGACUUUGCACAUUCAUUUGGUGGAAAAAUAUUCACUCGUUUCACAAGCCAAAGUACAUUGAUUUUUCUGAAGCGGCCUUCACUUUUAUGGCAAUGUUUGCAGAACAGCCUGUGAAAAACACAGAGAAAUUUGCACAUGGAGGUGUAUGCAUGCUGCUGUCCUCUCCUUGACAAAUGGGUGUAGUACCAUUGUGUGUAGUAAAAUGCACCCAUGCCUCGUGUUGUUGUUUUUUUUACUGCUUUUGUGUCUGUAGUGGUUAUGAAUGUGUGUUGCUCACAUUCCUUGACAGCAUACCAGCAGAGGUCAGGCAUGUCAGGGCGUAUGCCAAGAUGUUUCCGCAGCAGCUCUUUCAACAGUUUCCCUCUUGGAUGGGUAAUCUCUAUUUGUAUUAAUGCCUGUGUGUGUAUGUGUUUGCACAGAGGAAGUCCUCGUGUGAAGGUAACUCCGGGUUAUAAGGAGGAACAAUGUGCCCCGGCUCUGUCUCUGGAGAUGAAAAAACCUGUGGAUCUGGAAGCCCCCAUUACCAGGUAGGGUGAAGUGAAGUCUCCCUGUUAUAUCCUUUUACUUCUCCUCCUCUCUCUCUAUGGGUUUUACUCUCAUUUUUCCACCUCCCCCACUCUACGGUCCAUGAGUCAUGUUCUCACAAACAAAGACACCCACGUUGAACCCGUGCAGGUUGAGUCCAGGACAGAUUUCCUAGAGGUGCAUAUUGUAUUUUUGUAUCAUGUUAUUGAAUCAAACCAUAUUAAAUAUUAUGAUAUCCUGUUAUCAUACCAUAUUGUAAUUCAUUACAUCAUGUGAGGUAUGGUGAAUCUUAAUGUAUCGUAUCAGAUUACCGAUGAAUCGGACGAUUUUUAAACAUUUUUAUGAAGUUAUGAAAAACAUAUAUAUAUACUGUAGAUAUCUACAGUAUACUGUAGAUAUACUGUAGGCUACUGCUCUUGUAAGAAUGUAAGAAGACCAACUGAUCAAACUCGGACCAGAAAAUCGUUUUCAACUAACAUGGGCCCUAGUCUCUUAUAAGAAAUUAUCACAUACUGUAAAUACCUCACAAAUUUAAUAGAAUUAUUUUCCUUAUUCAACCCGAACCGUUCAGUGAAAUCAUGAUAUAGCUCUCUCUGUUGAUCAAAUAUUUUAAAGAUUUUUAACGUUGAUGAGCCUGUCCUGACUCAUGACUUAUUUAUCCAUCUAAAACAGACACUGGGCUCCAGAGCAGUGGGUCUCAUUGAAAGUCAGUAUUGGCAGUGAAAAUGUUUGAGGUGCUCCAAGGAGCAAAGCUCUUGCGCUCAGUUGUAAACACACACAGACCUGCAGAGAGCAAAUUUCCAUCUGCAGAAAAACUGCAUAGAGAGAGAUGAGCGAUUGACAGGAUAAUGGAGGUGUGUGGAAAGGAUUACAGCUGAUUGACUAAGAUAAAAAAAUAUAUAUAUAUUCUUGAUUUCAGUGUCAGACUGAUGGAGCACUGCCUGGAGGAUUGUCCAGAUGUUAUUUGGAUCAUCCCAAUACAUUGUAUUUACCAUUCAAAAUUCAUUUUACUGCUUUAUGUCAGUUUGUGUUAUUAAUUUAGCUGAUUCUCGAGCCGACAGUAGUUGUGGUCAUGACACAGAGCUUUCAGCUUGUUUACAAGUGCAUUAUAAAGAUUUUCCACAAGGAUGCUUCACAAGAUAAAAGCUUAAUUUAUAACAGUUCAGAGUCCUGCUAACUGUCUUACUAUGAGUCUUAAAAAAGUUAUUCAUUAUUGAGUCAUUAAUAAUUGUUAUUAAAGAGACAUCUACUCACAAUAAUUUGUUCUGCUGAGAGACAAAGAAACCCCACCACAGCAUGAACCAUGACCCUCUGCUCGCCAUGUUACAUAACAGUGGAUAUCUAAAGCUGCCAGUGGAUCAGCUGGAGCUUGAUGCAGCACAUCUGGUGGCCAUCAGCAGUUGCCUUAAUGGCGACUGUAUCUGUGGUGUUUGUUUCCACUGCUGCUGAAAGCUGCUGUGGUAUCUCUGACAGCCACCACACCAUUAGAGUUCCAGUAAAGUGGUGGCAUUUAGCAGAAUUGUUGAUAUUUAGUUGCUGUGACAUUUAACACUUCACGGUUGUCAUGGGUUACCUGUGUUUUAUUAAAGAGUAGGGACCCCAAAUAGGGCAGGGCGAUAUGGCCUCAAAUCAAUACCAGGAUAUAUUGAGCAGUUCACCUCUGCAUGAAAGCUGCUGUGGUAUCUCUGACAGCCACCACACCAUUAGAGUUCCAGUAAAGUGGUGGCAUUUAGCAGAAUUGUUGAUAUUUAGUUGCUGUGACAUUUAACACUUCACGGUUGUCAUGGGUUACCUGUGUUUUAUUAAAGAGUAGGGACCCCAAAUAGGGCAGGGCGAUAUGGCCUCAAAUCAAUACCAGGAUAUAUUGAGCAGUUCACCUCGAUAAUGAUAAAUAGACGAUAACUACUCCACAAGCUGCUCACCCCCUCCCACAUUGACUUCGUCUACUUCAGCCGCCACAACUUUUGAACCGUCCUCCAUUUCCUCACCUGUCUUUUCCUCUUUGUUACGGACUGGAUGGGGUGGAGUCACGUCUCUGAUGUAGGACAGCGUCUUAAAGGGACAUGAGACCAUAGCCUACCUACACACAUCCAAAACCAACUUUUAUUCAUUUAUUUUUUUGACACUGAAUAUACCAAUAAAGGCAAAAUGACAUUAGUUAUUAUCGUCAAUUUUGAUAUCAGUAAAUUUUUGAUUUAUCGCCCAGUCUGAACCCCAAACAUCAUAUUCUUAAUAGUUGUAGUAACUUGUGGCAACUCAGCCCAUAGCACCAAGUAACUGCCAGUGUAGUAGUGAUGCAUCAUUAAAAGCAGAUAUUCAAAUAAAAAUACAACAAUGAGCCGUGCCUUUCUACUAAACAAUUGAGAAGUCCUAGAGGUGGUCUGAACUAGGACCCGACCGAUUUAUCGGCAAGUCGAUAUUUUCAGAAAUAAAAUGCGGAGAAUAAGAUUUGGUUUCACUUCGAAAAUGUUCAGCGACCUCAUGACAAUCUUCAUCCACUAACUACCUCACAGCACAGCAGAGUGAUGAUCUGAAGCAGGCAGCUCAAGGACGCACAGAGGAGAGUGGUCUGCCUCAACGGUAAAUAAACCAGUUUGUAUAUUUUUUAUAACUUAAUUAAAAAUUAAAAAAAAUAAUAAUAAUAAUCUGUAAUUGGAUUCCCCCCCCCCAAUAAUCUGUAUCGGCAUCGGCCCCAAAAUAAUCCAUAUCUGUCGGGACCUAGUCUGAACAAAGAGUCAAUCAAUCUUAUCAGUAUCAGUAAAAAUUUACAAUCCCCAUCCUGACAGAUUUACACACAAAACACAGUCUUGUCCAACACCAGAAAGAGAAGAGAGAAAGAGAGGAGAGAGAGAGAGAGAGAAAGACAAUCUGUAGUGUUACAGCUGUCCUGUAAAAGAUUGGGAUUUUACCUACUUUAUUUUUGGGUUCAUGUUUUCACACUGGAAAUCUAACAGGAUUGUGUGCUAAUACAAGUGAUUCAUCAUGUUUCAUUUUCGACCAUAAAAAAAUAUUGAUCCCUCGUUCAUUGUUACUGUAAGAGCUUGUGAAGCUGCUGUCUGACACAAACUCAACGGAUUACAUUUUUAUUUCUGGGCAGCAGAAACACGCUGAAAGAAGCAUCACUGAAGUCAGUUUGAUAAGAGCCAGCGUCUGUUGCUUUUCGUGUUUGUGUUGUACUUUGUCGUUUCGGUUCUUUCUUCCAGUUUCACCUCCUAUUAUCAGCCUCACAUCCCGCAGCCUGACAUCUCUGCCGGCUGACUGAUAAGAGCCGUCACUCCGCCGCUCUUCCGCUCAGCUUUCUUUUCUUUUCAUCCAUAUUUUUGUUUAUCUCGCGUGUGCCACUUUUAUGUCCUUGUGCUCAUCUGUCACGUCUCUUCCACUUCUCCCCUUCCACUCGACAGAGAUUACAGGGUAGUCAUCUGAGUGAGAGCACUCUGCUGGCAUUUCACAGGCACAGCUUGAUUGUGCAGCAGAUGAGUGGGUGUCUCCUGCUGUGAAACUACACUGAAAGCAGGUCCCUCCUCCGCAGAGAGGGUCCACUGUGCUUAACUUCCCUUCAUUUCUCCGUCUUUUUUCCCCCUCUUUGUAGUUUUGUCCUCAGUUUUAGACUUCUUGUACUUUUUUAGAAGACAAUGAAUGCUUCACACAGACACACAAACACGCAGUUUGUUCCUUUGUGUGUUUGGAGACUUGGCAUUAGCAGCUAUGUGGCCUCAUCACAGCUGACCAGUAAAACUUUCAGGCUGGCACUGCUGGAUGAUGACUAGUCCUCUGUUUUCCAACACUCUAUCUUUUGUUAUCCUCUUCCAACCCUUCCUACCUACCACCCCUCACUGUUUUCCUUUACUACCUCCUCCUCGAUGCCUUCCUCUAACUUAUUUGUGUUCCUUCCUUUUCCCACCAGUCUGCAGUCCCUCCAAGAGGAUCUGCUGGUGUGUACUGCAGACGGGUAUCUCCAUGUGCUGCACUGGGACGGACUGGGCAGCAACGGACGCAAGGCCAUCUGCCUCACCACGAUUCCCUUCUCACUUGACCUGCAGUCUGCACGAGGUUAGAGGAGAUUCCCCACCCACACUUUGUAUAUUACAAACCAGAUAAAGUGAUUUUGCUCUUAAAAACACACACAUAGAGGGUUUUGAGUAAUUAAAAAACAAACCUUGAAUGAAGUGAUUUAUAUAGAUGUCUUCAAGUUAGAUGCUAUUUCCACCAGAGAAAACAGGAGUCAUGAAAAUAGUUUCAUCAAAGAAUAAUUCUGCAUCUUGUUGUAGGAUCAUUUCCAAAGUUUAUAAAGGUACAUCUGAAUCCAACCUGAAAAUACAUGGUAUAUUAAAGAGAAGUGGAAAAGUGAGGGGGGUUUUAAUAUUUACAAGGAGUAGAGCUGCUACCACAUAGGGAGAAUUUAGUCCGAUUUUUCAUUACGCCCCUGCAAAGCAGACAUCAGGGAGGUGACAGCAGCCUCCUGAGGCUAUGUGGGAUAAAUAAUACCAACCACUCUUUGGUUUCCUGGAGUUAUUGUGCCUUAAUGGCAGGAAAUGCACAUACAUAAUAUAACACAUUUGGAAUGAGCGUCCCAUUUGUAUGCAGCGCAGUCUAUAUGUGCGAUAGUUGAUUCAGUAGGUGGAAUGUAAAAUCGUAAGAAACCGUCUCAAAUUCUUCUGACAGCGGAGAAAAGAGCUGUCAUGAGGAAAUGGCUAGAAUCUGUCCCACCCACGAUUGAUAAAUGGACAGAAAUAAUCCAUGAAAUGUAUGUUAUGAGAGACUGUCACCUUCCCUCAGAGCACUAAAGGAAAGUUUUUACAGGAUUUGGACCAAGUGGAGUGAAUGUAUCAAACCCAGAGAAAAUGAACAGGAGCAUAAUGUCAGAAAGUUUGUCUUCUCCUUUUCCUUUAUCCUUCACAGAAGCUUUUUUCCUUAAAUAAUAACCAUUUGUCAAUAAUCCAAGCUCAGGUUAUUAAUAAAGUAAAAGGUGUCUGGAAGAGCAGUAUUGAUAAAGACAGAUACUGUGUGCUGUAAUUGUUAACUAUUUUUUUUUUGGUGGAAAUGUGAACUGAUGGACACAAUAAUAAGAACACAGUUUUACAGUAUUUAUUUUAUGUAAUAGUCAUUAUAGAGAUGUCCCAAUACAACUUUUUUUUUACUUCCGAUACGAUGCAGAUAUUGUAGCCUUCAGUAUUGGCCGAUACGAUAUUGAUCCAAUAUUGGCACAAACUUGUGCAUGACACGUUUUGUACGCAGCUGCAACGUCUUUUUCAGACUUCAACAAAAAUGCACACAGCUGACAUCACUCCUACUCCUUGCUACUUUGUAUGUACCUUAGUACACACUAUUGUUGAGAUUACGUGGGCUCUGCAUACUGGAUCCAGGCACUGCUAUAUAGAGGUGCUGGAGCGGAGUCUGGAAUGGACUGCUCAUAUUUUAGAUUUUUGAUGCAGGCCGAUAUAAUCCAAUAUUCUUUUUUCGGCUGAUAUUGGACCGAUGUCCGAUAUUCGAUAUUUAUAUCGUAUCGGGAAACCCCUAAGUAAUAAUAUGUGAAAUACUAAAAAUGCUUUUCCAAGACAAAGGAUAUUAAAAAAAAACACACUUAUAUAAAUUUCUGAUGUUAUUUUGGUGCCCUAUGCGGCCUAAGAGUGACCCCCCUAGCGCUUUGCUAAUCUUGUCUGUAUGUCAGUGAAGUGUUUGCAGAUAAAAAGAAAUCCAUCUGCUGUUUCAUAACAGCGAAAGUUAUCACUCGCUGCUAAUCUGCUCUGUAGAAAAUGUCAACUACAGCUGCUUCUUCAUCCUGCUGUAACUCACUUUCUCUGACACCUACCUUAUGGUUUUAAAAAUUACAACGAUCAAUGUUUUUGCUGAUGUUCUUGUUUGCUGUAAAGCUGUAAAAGGGGAUUUUACGAGCUGUAAAUUCCCUUUUUUCUUUUAAGUAUUGAAAAAAACUCAACCUUACGUAUUGUGUGUACGUUUGUGUGUGUAGGGGGUCCAUCUCUGGACCUGGAGGGAGUGCAUAUCCGCUGUAUGGAGUACUGUGUGACCCUGGACGGCUUUGCUGUGGUACUGAGUGACGGGCGCCUGGGCUUUAUCACACCGCUCAGCAACACCAUCACAGCAGAUGUAAGAACACCAAUAAAUACACACUGCUGAUGUCUAAAUACACUUAUUUUUGCUAUAGGGGAAACAAAAACAAAGUCCAUCUCACAAGACUAUUUAGGCAGCUACAGAUUUAUAGCUCAUGACAACAUCUGAUCACAUGACGGGGGUCUAACUCAGACCUGUAUAUGCCAGGAAAAUACUACAAUGUACCUGAGUCCAAAAGUCCAAAAGCUGUGUUAUCUGUAGGGGUUAAAAAAUUCAGAAUUGAUAAGAGCAUUCAUGCUGAAAGUGAAACUUAGAGGGUUUUUUUUGUUCCUGAAAUCCGUUUUCUAUGUCACUGCUGAGUUUUCGUUGAAGCUCAGUUUGACGAUAUGAGCAUCUGCAACAUCUCAAAGAGGAAGAGCACCCGGAGCUGUCACAGAGAAUAGAAGCUCCAGAGAGAUGAUGAUGCAACUAUGCUCAGCCUCAACAGAUUUAAAAACAGAGCAACACAAUAUGGAUAGAGAAAGCAUGAAAAUAUGAUUCACUGCUGAGAAAUGAUGUCCUCAAAAUCAGAGAGCCAGUUUGUACUCACUUGAUGUUAAAUUCAAACGAUGUCGUGUUUAUCAUCUGCUAUAGAGUCUGAAUAUAAGACAGAUUUCAUGUGUUCCUGUCUGCAGCAGCUGCAAGGUGUCUGGGCAGCAGACGUGACAGACGGCACUUGCGUGGCUGUCAACAACAAGUACAGACUGAUGGCCUUUGGCUGUGCCAGGUACAUGUCUCCGUCCAUAUCUUUACAGUACAGUGAUGGGAAACCUCUGCUGAGUGUUUGUUUGCACGUGAGUGUGACAGAGAUUGCUUGUUGUCCAUGUGGUGUGUGUUCGCUGUGAGAAUCCUUUGGUUUGUGUUUGCAGAAGCCCACCUCGAGUGUGCUUGAGCAAUUUGUCGGGUUGGCAGGAAUUUACUCCUCCCCUCGUUCCCCACUAUCCCUUCUUUUCUUUUCUUUUUUUUUUUUGCAAGUUUGUAUGUUGCAUUCAUUGCAUCAAGUCCUCAAUAAAAAAACAUAUCACGACAAAAAAGCAUGUUAAUACAAGUUAUUUUUUCUAUUACAGCGGCUCAGUUCUGGUCUACAUGAUAGACACCACAACAGGAUCCAUGCAGCUCUCCCACAAACUGGAGCUCACCCCCAAACACUAUCCAGGUACUCACCCUUCUGCUCUUUCUAUCGUUUGUCUUCAUUCCUCUCAACAUUUCUUUUUCUUCUUUCUGUGUCAUACAGCAACACGAAUUCCUCUUUGAGAUCAUUCGCAUUCCUAGAGUUGUCUCUCUCUUGGGUACACAUGCUUGUGUUUCCCCAUAGUGCACAUCUGUUUCAGUCAGAAACCUGUGAUUGGACAGCUCCCCCUAGUGGGAGAUGUUCCUUGUCAGCACUUGAUCACUUAAACAAGGAGUCUGUUUGUUUCCAGGUUCUAUGUGUGUCUUUAGCAAUCUUGAAAGAUCAUUUAAAAUGUUAAAAUGCGAGAAACAAAAAGGAUAGGAUGUUAAAUAAAAAAAAAAGAAAUCUGGAUAUUUGAUUGAAAAUGCAAACUGUAUAACCAGCCAGCAGCUCAACCCAACCUGGAUGGAUUAAAUGGCCUUUAGCAUUCUCACUCCUGUGGUUAGGAAGCCACUUUUUCUCAGUAUGAAUACUUUAUCAGUUCAUAGGAAACUCUUUUUUUUUACAGGAAACUGGUUAUCAGCUUCUUUUUCCUGCUGCUUCUACCGGUCAAAAUGUUGUAUUUGUUAUAUCAUUAGGGAAAGUUGUGUAAUGCUGGAAAGAAGUGAAAGAAAAUCUGUUGUAAGUUAUUAUUUAAUGAGUAUGGGCCAACUGGUUUCUGUUGUUUGUAAAGAUGUUUGCCAAAAGGAUUGUGAAAGAGGUCAUAAAUUGAAUUCUAUUUCAAAUUAGAUCUACUUUCUGGAUUUUUAACCCUGCAGGAACCUCGGUCUUGUUGUUGUCUGUACAGUUUGCGCCUUAGCAUUAAUAGAAACCUGGUCAAGCGCUUUCCCUAAGUGUUCUUCAAGUCUUAAAAACAGUUACUCACAAAGCUUUUGCCAAAAACAAAAUCAGGUUGACUCACAACAAGAACAAACCUCAAUAAACCCGGGGCAUCAAUAAAUAUGAAUAAAUAUGUGUGAGAGGGAACGGCGUUCGUGCCAAAAUGUCAGAUAUGACGAAUCCCUGACCGGUGACUAAUGCAUCAUUUGCAAGAGCAGGCUGUCAACACUAUCAUGUCGUUGUUCGUCUGUUCAGACAUCUACAACAAGACGGGCCCAGUCAAGCUCAUCUGCUGGUCACCUGACUAUAGUGUUGCCAUGGUUACAUGGGAGUGUGGGGGCCUAUCGCUGUGGAGCGUCUUCGGAGCUCACCUCAUCUGCACUCUGGGCGAGGACUUUGCGUAAGUACACACACACACACACACACACUCUUUAAAACAAUUUUUUAACGCUUUCUGAUAUUUUGCGUCUUCCUCAGGUAUCGAUCAGACGGUACCAAGAAGGAUCCCAUUAAAAUCAGCUCUAUGGUGAGUGGAUGUAUUUAAAACUUUUACAUCUAUACACAGAAAAGAACAAUUAAGUGUUUAUUAGGUUGAUUUGUGAGUCUUUUCAUGGACUCUGAGACUACAAAGUUUAAACAAAAAACAAUUUAUAAUUAUAUCUCUUUGUAUAUUUGUCUCUGAGUAACAUGCACAAAGUUUGCCUGUUUAGUGUUACGUUGAUUGAAUUGUGCUCAUUAGCUGAAUUUCCCUUUUCAGAGCUGGGGAGCGGAGGGCUACCACCUAUGGGUGCUCCCUCACAAACAUGAGCGGAGGAGGCAGGGGGAACAGGAGGACGAGGAGAUGAUCACGCCUCCUCCCUCCUCCCUUCAGGCCGGCAUACUUCAGUUCCACUUCAUAAAGUCUGCCCUCACAGUGAACCCCUGCACGGUAAGAAGGAGCAGGCCAUCACUGUGGUGUAAUAACCCUUUAAAAACACACACACAAUUAACACUCGUGCUCCUCUCUUCACUGUACAGAGUAACCAGGAGCAGGUGUUACUUCAUGGUGAAGACCGCCUCUACCUGACCUGUGGCGACCCCACGCAGGUCAACAGCGCCUCUGACGCACACCCGCACGCACACCUACACCCACGCGACGGCAGCCCCCUGCACCACCCCCCAAACCCCGACACCUCUCUCUCUCAGGGACUCAGCACUUUACUGGGACACAAGCACUGGCAUGUGGUCCAGGUAAGGAGAUGCUGCCGGUGUGGCCUCGGUGUUGCCUGUGAAUGUUUGGAUAACAGUCAUAAUCUCAUAUAUUUUAUGUGUCGCCCUUCUAGAUUCACAGCACAUACCUAGAGAGCAACUGGCCUAUAAGGGUAAGUCAAGCAGUGCCUGUUAUUCUGAUUCAUCAUCUAUGUCCUUUUGAAGUUUGCCUCUUAAGCGUCAAAGCCUUCAGCGUGAUGUAAUGUAUGUAUGACAGAAGAAGGCGAAUCAGUCGAAGCAGUCUACAUGUGUUCACAUACUAAACAUGGUGGUAUCACUAAGUGUACAGAGCAGCUGUGUUUACAGAGUAAACUGAUUGUGCUGAGUUCACAAGUGUGUGCAAGCAGAAGUUUAGCUGCAUUAAAGACUGGAAGUGUUCAAAAUCUACUUUAACUACUGUAUUUUUCAGACUAUAAGGUGCACUAAAAAUCUUUAAAAUUUUUCAAAAAUUGGCAGUGCACCUUAUAAUGCUGCACACCUUAUGUAUGAUUACUUGUUGUUCUUACUGUCCGAUUUUAUGUGGUUCAAUGGGCUCAAAAAUCUGUCAAAUGUGUUAGUACGACUUUGGUUAACGCCGCUCUGCUCAGUGGAUAUUUGGAGCAUUAUGGUACGUUGUGUCACUCACUACCUGAUCUGUAGACUGCCUGACUGUAAUGUCUAAAUUAGAAGUGCAUUCAUGUAAGGCAGCCCGGGCCCAGAGUACACGCUAGCAACAAUAAACCGAUCGAUGCUUAAUGUGUCUAAUGUGUGAACAUAGACACGUUCACAGUGCGCUGUAUAAUCUGGUGCGCUUUAUUGCCCCAAAAAUACGGUAUAUAAAAUAGCUUCAUUCAAAUUACACAUACAGACUGAAAAGCCUAGUUAGAGACCGAUAUGUAACAGUCUGAAAUGUUUUUAAAAGAUAUAAUAAAGUCCAAAAUAUAAUAUAAACAAUGUAAUAAAACCCCAGUCGUAAUAACUGACACAAAAUGUAACAAGUUGCUACAUUUUGGGCAAAAGGUUAUUGAAGGGAUAUUUCGGCUUCCCUAAUUUAAUUUAGGGUCAAACACACUGUAACACCGAGUUAGACACCCCUCCAGAGAUGAAUGUUGCUUCUCUAGUUAUACCAACUUAUGUAACGACCCCAUAAACAAACCUCUACCAAAACACCACUCUAUAGCCACAAAUAAUGCUCAGAACAGCACCUAACUUCACACAACACAACUCACCUACUCUCUUCCAGCAGCCGCUUAUGUGUAGCGAGACCUCAACCAGUUCAUCAUCGACUAAGGCAGGGGCACACAGCUCAAGGACGAGCUUUAAUCAUUUUGCACUGCAGAUGCGGUAGUUCUUCUGCCUUAGCGUCUCGGUCUGAUUGCAUUUCCAUGAAGAAAUGAUCAUAAAUGUUCUUCCUUGAGCUGCGUCACCCCGCUGUAGUCCAUAAUGGGCUGGCCCAAGGUCUCGCUACAAACUGGAGGAGAGUAGGUGAGUUGUGUUUAGUCUCUUUACUAAAGAAAUUAGUCAAAGCUAAAAAGAUAUUUGGUGGCUAGUACUAUGUCUAACUUGGUGUUACAGUGCGUUUGUCCCUAAAUUAAUUUUACACCGGAAUAUCCCUUUAAGUUUUGGGCUCAGUAUUUUGUUACAUUAUCGACCAGUUAUCACAUUUCAGGUCAUUGUUACAUAUCAGAGUUAAACAAGAUAUGAAAUAUGGCUACUCUGUAUGAUGAUACACCCAUAAAGCUUUGUUUACCUCCGUUUGUGUUGAAAAUACUUGAUAUAAUGUUGUUUGUCUUGUGCAUGUGUAUGUGUGUGUGUGUCUGUUUGUGUUUGCAGUUUGCAGCCAUAGACACAGCAGGCCAGUGCAUGGCUGUAGCAGGCAGACGGGGCUUUGCACACUACUCCUUAUUCACAAGGAAAUGGAAGCUGUUUGGAAAUAUCACUCAGGUAAGUGAGAUUGUUGAUUAAAAUAAGUAAUAGUCAAAUACAGUGGAGCCGCUUCAUCACGUGUGUGCGUUUGUAUUACCUGUGUAGGAGCAGAACAUGACAGUAACAGGAGGUCUGGCGUGGUGGAAAGACUUUGUGGUGGUGGCUUGUUACAAUUUUACAGACCAGCAAGAGCAGGUGAGACAAAAUCACAGCCGACACCAACGCUUCCUCUUGUGGAUCUCUCCUGUUCAUGUUGUGACCUGUCCCUCUGUCCUUUCUCUGUCCUCUCUCUGUGGACUCCAGUUGAGGCUCUAUCAACGCUCUACCAACCUCGACAACGCCUUCGCAUCCCUCACAAAGCUGCACUCAGACACCCUGCUGCUCAACGUCUUCAGAGACAUGGUCAUCCUGUUCAGAGCGGACUGCUCCAUCUGCCUCUAUAGCAUAGAGAGGAGGAGCGACAGGUACCUCAAGCCACCUCAACAUCAGAACAAACACGUUAAUCUCCUCUGAAGGAUAAUUCGAACAGGCUCAAUCAUACUUGAACGUGUAUUUUUUUCUUCAUGCCCUGUAUAAAGUAUCAGAUGGCUUCUUCAAUCUAAAUCUGUAACUGCUGUUUUUUUUCCCACAAACAAAAAUUCCUCACAUCACAAAUCCAGAUUCUGGGAGCUCGAACCAAACUCUGUUUUGUUCAGAGAUUACAGCAUCUAUUCUAAAUCACUCUAUGUGUUCUGUAAAGGUUUUUUUUCCCCUUUCACACGCUGCAGGGAAAUCCUUGGCACCAGUAGUCAUACUAGUGUUAAGUCAUGUUGUUGCUCUGCCACAUUUCCCCUGAGAAAAGAGGCUUUAAGUGGAAGCCUUAGAAAAACCUCUCACAUGAUGAAUCUGGGCCUCGGCUCAUCUGGCUGAGAUUGGACGUUUGUUUUUUUUGUUUUUUUAAUUCAUGAAAUGAGCCUGACUGGCCUUUGAACCUCAAGUUUUCUGAUAAUUUCAGGUUCUUAUGUCUUUUGGAGUUGCUCAAGUCCAGUUGUGCUAAUUAGUACAGGAAACUUGCUCAAAUGAAAUCCUGCACUUGCUUCUCUCUAGAGAUGUACCGAUCCGUUUUUUUCCAAUCCAAUCCGAUACCUGGGCUGAGUGUAUCGGCCGAUGUCCGAUUCUGAUCCAAUACUACUGUUGAAUAAAUAAACUGUAUACUAUGUCCUGUGAGUGAAGGCAUCAGGCUUGACAUUAGCCUUGUUAAAAAAAAGGUGACAAAUUAACACAGAUAUAAAUUUCCUUAAUAUUAUUUAUUGCCAAAUAACAAAUCACACUCUAGCACACAGCAAAAAGAAGUAAGAUUUCCAUAUAUUAAAGGAAAAAUUGAUUAAAAGAAAAAAAAGACUGGAGCGGAACGCUGGAUCUGUGUCAUUCAUCAGAUAUCUGAUCCAGUUAAUUUGUCAAUAUCGGAGCUGAUAUCCAAUCCAAAUAUUGGAUUGGUGCAUCCCUACUUCUUUCCAAUUGUUUCAGCUUCUAGAAAUUCUUGGAAACUGCCUUUUUGCAAAGCACUCAAAUGCUGUUUCUUCCUGUUCUUAAAUAUUUUCAGACUCCUUUCAUUUAUUUCUGUAAAUCUGUAUCCUGAUGAUUCCUUUUGGUGCAUUUUUCUCUUCCUGAAAUUUCUACCUCUAUUUAUUGUUUCAGUCCUCACCCCACUGCCAGCGUUGAGUUGUUGCAGGAGGUUUCAAUGUCCCGUUACAUCCCUCACCCAGCCCUCGUCGUCUCCGUCACUCUCACCUCUGUGCGAACCGAAACCGGCAUCACACUGAAAGCGCCGCAGCAGGUAGAAGCAUUUAAACCUUCAUCUAGUGAGCUCCACCCUUCCUUCUUUGCAGUGCAUGGGAGUUCAUGUUUUGUGUGUUUGUGUGUGUCCAUUUUUUAGGCCUGCAUGGCAGAGAGCAUCAUGUUGAACCUGGCCGGUCAGCUGAUCAUGCUGCAGAGGGAUCGUUCAGGACCGCAGGUACGGGAGAAGGAGACGCCAGCCAACAACAAGAAGCUGGUGAGUCCAAACAACAUCCACAGAUUCAUUUUCAUUAUUUGUUUGUUUGUUUAUAGACUGUAGUGUGGUUUGUAGUGUGGCCAGUUUUCGCUCAAAUAACCCGGUUAAAUCAAAUCUUGUGUGACGGCUAUCCUGUUUUUGGAGGUUUUAAAGAGACGUCACUGCUCAUUUCAGUCUGUUAACGAUUCAGUCUGACGAUAACACAAUGUUCACCUUACACACCUCUUUUUCUCUUCCAGCUACCAUUCUGUCCUCCAGUAGUCCUGGCCCAGUGUGUGGAGAACGUCUGGACCACCUGUCGCUCCAACAGGAAGAAGCGCCACCUGCUGGAGGCCCUGUGGUUGUCAUGCGGAGAGGCAGGCAUGAAAGUCUGGCUGCCGCUGUUCCCCCGAGACCACCGCAAGCCCCACACCUUCCUCUCCAGACGAAUCAUGCUGCCGUUUCACAUCAACAUCUACCCUCUGGCCGUGCUGUUCGAAGACGCCCUCGUACUCGGGGCGACCAAUGAGACUGUGCUCUAUGAUGGACUGCAGGGAUCCUCCGAGCCUCUGGAGGCGCUGUUCCCUUUCUGCACUGUGGAGAGGACGUCCCAGAUCUACCUCCAUCACAUCCUGAGGCAGCUGCUGGUUCGCAACCUGGGUGAACAAGUAAGUUGACCCUCUUAAAGAAAAAUCACUAAUAAAGAGGUCCAGGUGAUUCUUGAGAGUAAAAUCUACUAAAAUCUCUCCCCCCACAGGCUCUGAUGCUGGCUCAGUCAUGUGCCUCCCUCCCCUACUUCCCCCACGUCAUGGAGCUCAUGGUUCACGUCGUGCUAGAGGAAGAGGCAACGUCCCGGGAGCCAAUACCCGACCCUCUGCUGCCCACUGUGGCCAAGUUCAUCACAGAGUUCCCCCUCUUCCUGCAGACCAUCGUUCACUGUGCCAGAAAGACGGAGUACGCCCUGUGGAACUACCUGUUCGCCGCUGUGGGAAACCCCAAAGAUCUUUUUGAAGAGUGUCUCAUGGCUCAGGACCUGGACACAGCAGCCUCCUAUCUCAUUAUUCUGCAGGUAGUCUAUUCAGUCAGAUUUUAACACAUUAUGCAGAAAUUACCAACAGCUCCUGUAUCACAAAUGUCCAAUUAGAGCUGGUCAUAAAAUCCUGACUUAGUCUUGUACUUUGUCUCUUAUCUCCCUCUUGGUAAAGAACAUGGAGGUCCCUGCUGUCAGCAGGCAACACGCCACUCUACUCUUCAACACAGCGCUCGAGCAGGGUAAAUGGGACCUGUGCCGGCACAUGAUCCGAUUCUUGAAAGCUAUUGGCUCAGGGGAGAUGGAGACUCCGCCCCCAACACCCACAACCCAGGUAAAGAAAUAAGGUUUUUUUUUAUUUCUGCUCGCCACAUUCCUAUUAGAUCCAAAGUUAUUACAGAUAUAUCCAUUUAUAUACUCACAUCAAAUCAUCAUAAAGUGUAUCGUAUCGUAGUGUAUCGUAUAACAUUGCAGUGUAUAGAAUCGUUUCGUAGUGUAUCAUAUCAUGUAGUAUCCUAGUGUAACAGAUCGUAUUGUAUCAUAGUGGAUCGUAUUGUAUCAUAUUGUAGUGUAUCAUAGUAGUGUAUCAUAUUGUACUGUAUCGUAUCACAUUGUAGUGUAUAGUAUUGUAUUGUAGUGUAUUGUAUCACAUUGCAGUGUAUAGAGUCAUAUCGUUGUGUAUUGUAUCGUAGUGUAUCUUAUCACAUCGCAGUGUAUAGAAUCAUAUUGUACUGUAUCAGAUCGUAUUGUAUCAGUGGAUCGUAUCGUAUCGUAUUGUAUUGUAUUGUAGUGUAUCGUAUUGGAUUGUAUCACAUCGUAGUGUAUUGUAUCGUAUCAUAGUGUAUCAGAUCGUAUUGUAUCAUAGUAGAUCGUAUCGUAUCAUAGUGUACUGUAUUGUAUCAUAUCGUAGUGUAUCGUAUCGUAUUAUAGUGCAUUGUAUAGUAUUGUAUCGUAGUGUAUUCUAUUGUAUCGUAUCGUAGUGUAUUCUAUUGUAUCGUAUCAUAGUGUAUUCUAUUGUAUCGUCUUGUAUCAUAUCACAUCGUAGUAAAAAAAUAUCAUAUUGUAUCGUAGUGUACCUUAUUAUAGUGUUUCAUAGUGGAUUGUAUCAUAUUGCAUCGUAUCGUAGUGUAUUGGACCGUGUAGUAUCGUAUCGUAUUGUACCUUAUUAUAGUGUAUCGUAUCAUAUUGUAUUGUAUCAAAACUAAUUAAUCACCAAAUAUGACCCUGCAGAAACCAAGCAUCAGCUGUUCAGUUGUUCAGUUAUAAGUCUGCAUGUUUUGUACAUUGAACACCAAACUGAAACUCUCCCUUUGAAUGUCUGCAGGAACCCAGCUCAACUGGAGGCUUUGAGUUCUUUAGAAACCGCAGCAUCAGUUUGUCGCAGUCUGCAGACUCCAUCGCUACGGGCAAAUUCAACCUGCAGAAGACCUUCAGUAUGCCGUCUGGACCCUCAGCCAAAGGGUAGGUAUUCUCGCUCGUACAUGCUAACACAUUAAGAGUAACGGUUUUAUCUAUAUUAAUCACUUUAACAUCAAAAGACUAAAACAUCGUCUUUGCUCUUUUGUUUCUUUCUAGUCGGGACGUGGAGUGUGCAGAAAACAUGUACAUCGAUAUGAUGCUCUGGCGCCAUGCUCGCCACCUCCUGGAGCAGGUCCGUCUUCGGGACCUGGGGUGUUUUUCUGCACAGCUGGGCUUUGAACUCAUCGGCUGGUUAUGUCGGGAGAGAAACCGCGUAGCCCGAGUGGACGAUUUUGUUUUGGCGUUAAAGAGACUCCAUAAGGAUUUCCUCUGGCCUUUUCCUGUGAUCCCUGUGGGGAAUUUGAGCUCGCCUCUGAAAAAUGGGCGGUGUCGUUCAGGUGAGGCGUAGAUCAAGUAAAGAAUUGAAGCAUUAGCCAGAGCUGGUUUUGAUUGAUCAAUGUUUUUCUUUUUCUUUAAACCUCAGAGUUUCUUUUUGGUUUAUGUGCUUCACCUUCGGCUCUAUCUGACCUUUUUAAUCCUGUUUUUCUGCUCUAACUUGAAGUCCUGAGCACACGGUUGUUGAAGUCGCAGUCCGCUGACAGCCUGUUGAACAGCGACAUGGACACAGGACCCCCUCAGGCAGCUCAAACUAACCACACCUGGCUGGACGGGCUCGAACAAAGACCCAAAGACAUGGACACGGCCUCAUCCGCUCACUCCAACCCACACUCACCUCAGACACAUGAUGCUUUCCUGUCUCUGCUCACCAACAAAGGUACUCAAUCUUUGAAUCCUUGUUUGAGAAUUCUCCUGAAAAAUGCCAAUCUCCUCUCUCUAACGCCUCUGUCCUCUCUCCUCCCUCAGUGGAGGAGUACAGUGUGGGCUCAGCCACAGACCUGACAGAGACCAGCUCAGUGGUGGAUGGUGAUUGGACGAUGGUAGAUGAGAACUCAUCCACUCUGAGCCUGAGUCAGGCCGAGCUGGAGCACAUCUCCAUGGAGCUGGCCAACAAGGGCCCUCACAAGUCGCAGGUGCAGCUCAGGUAAGAUCAACAAAAACGUCCAUCAGUCUCUGUUUCGAUUUUUGUUCUUCAGUUUCAUGACUGCGUCUCUGUUUCUCGCAGGUAUCUCCUUCAUGUGUUCAUGGAGGCGGGAUGUUUAGAGUGGUGCGUCGUGAUUGGUUUGAUCCUGCGGGAUGCAGGUGUCAUAAAGCAGGCAAUCGGCUACCUGGACAGUCCGGAGGUUCCUCAAGAGAUUGUGCAGAGUGUGAGAAACGGCUUAUUGGCUGUGGACGCAUGGGCCUCCACUGACUGGUGGGUGUAGCUCGUAGCCUUUAAUGUUAAUCUCUGUGCCUGUAAUUAUUGAUUAUUGUUUCCAUCAAGUAAGAUUUAAGAGUUUAACAUUCAUCCAACUUUAAAGGGAUAUUCCGGCAUAAAAUUAAUUUAGGGUCACACAUUAUAACACUGAGUUAGACACUCCCUCCAGAGAUGAAUGUUGCCGACCGCUUGCUUCUCUAGUUAUACCAACUUUAGGAUAGGACCGCACGAUAGCAAUACACGGCGGUCUGAGGAGCCAUAAACAAACCUCAACCAAAACACCACUCUAUAGCCACAAAUAAUGCUCAGAACAGCACCUAACUUCAUCAACAGUACAUAUAGGGUCCCAGCCAUAGUACUAGCUAUCAAACAUCUUUUUAGCUUUGCCUGAUUUCUUUCGCAAAGAGACUAAACACAACUCACCUACUCUCCUCCAGCAGCCGCUUGUUUGUAGCGAGAACUCAGGCCAGUCUUUUACAGACUGCUGUGGGGUGACGCAGCUCAAGGAAGAACAUUUAUGAUCAUUUCUUCAUGGAAAUGCAAUCAGACUGAGACGCUAAGGCAGAACUGUGUCUGCAGUGCAAAAUGAUUGAUAUGGUGAUAUGGUGAUAAAUACUUCAAGGAAAUGAUGAAGUAAUGAUCACUAAAUUAAUUUUAUGCCCCCUUUAAACUGAGCUGAUAUAGUCUGUGAUUAAAACUGAGUAAACCUGAGUGAAGAUACUGGCUGUCAAUCAUUCCAAACUCUAUAAAAUGCUUUUAAUGAUUCUUCUAAUGAGAACAAAAAAAAAACACAUUUGCAGACCUUUUCCUCACUGAUUAUUUUUCCACCUGUUCCAGCCUUGGAUACAAACGCUUCCUCAACCUGAUCCAGCCUCACCUCCAGCAGCUGAUGGACUCCGCAGCAGGCGAGCCGGUGCAGCCUGAGGCCUUCCAGCCCAGCAGCCAGAGCUCCAAGCUCGGCUGCUCAGAGGGGCAGGGAGGCGCCGCUGCACCACGGGCGGAGGACAGCAGAGGAGGUGCUGCGCCUCACGGACUCGCUCUGCCUUCCCUCGAACCUGCGGGAGGCUUUUCCCGCCCUCCCUCUGAGGACUGUCCUCCUGAGCAGACAGAGGAACAAGGGGAGGAGGAAGGAGCGUACGACUGCACCUUGUCCUGAAGCCAGGAGCCUCCUCUGGACUCUUAACCUGUGAACUCUGGAGCCUUGAGGAAAGAGGGGAGGAAAUAGACUCUGUGUGUGUGUGUGUGUGUGUGAGAGUGUGUGUGUAAGCGGUGUGUGUGUAAGAGCGCACAGAAAAGUACCUCUCCUGCAGGUUCAUUCAGUCAGUAUUAUCCACUCUUCAGAUUUCGCCCUUUGAGUCGACAAACUCCUGUGGAUACUGAGCUACAAAGAGAGCGACACAACCUGACUGCUUCGACAGAUUCGACUGCACACGGAGGGACGCUAUUCAGCCUGAAGGUUCAGGCCUCAUUUUACCAAAAUGUGCUGUUAGACAAAACCAUGUGUGUCAGUUUGUGUUCAUAUUUUAGGUUGCGGUGUUUAAAAAGCUGUAGACCAGCACAGAAAAGCACCAGGAAUUUCUUCUUUUUUUUUUUUUUCUUUUUUUUUUGUUAUUCCAGGAAAGAUUUUUUUGUGCGUCACAUUUCUUUAGCAUUCAAUUCAAGUGAAACUGGAGACUUUUUUUUUCUUUUUACUUUUUAGGCAGACAGAGCUCCAUUGUUUCUUUUGGUGAAAUGCAAAAAAAAAAAAAAAAAAAAGUGCAAGAAUCAGUCCAGAGAUCAAACCGCUGUAAGUGUGUGUCAGUGUUUGAUCACAGCCUCAUGCCGUGUCUCCUGAACAAAGCUCUUCAGUCAUGAACCAUCGGACCAGAUGCGCUGCGAUGAGUGGGCCGUGUGGAGAGAGGUGUUUCAUACUUUCAUACCUCAUAUGAUUUUAAGAUAUUUUGUGAUACCUUUUUCAAUAAUGUGUCAGUCAGUGUAGAAGAUGACAUUAUUUUUCUAUGAAUACCACAUUGUCCCUGUAAAGAAGAAAAAAAAAACACUCAUGGUAUGAAUUCUAUGUAAUUCUUGAGAAGUGAUGACCUUAAGAUUUCCAAGAAAAUGAUCUCUGAGAAGAACCCACUGAUGUGAGUGCAGACUAGUUUCAUACCACCGAUCAGUUACCUCUCUGUUUGUGUCUUUAUCAUUCAACAGCGCCCCACACUUCACAAGAGUCUAGGCCUCUCUAAGAGACAGAUUGCUGGGUCAGGAAUUCUUAUCCUCUCUGAGAUGAGAGCAUUUGCGGCUAAUAUUGUGCAGGGAUUAGCUCGGGCGAAACAGACGCUAUAAAAACCAAAUCAUGUGACGCUUUAUCCAGCUUUGAAACACACUUUUUGGGUCUCCAUGUGGGAGAUUAAUAAAAGGUGUUUCCUAUUGACAGUGAGGCAGAUUGUGUGAUUUAAGCCAAUCUGCUCUGUCGAUUUAAAGACAUUUUAGACAUUUGUUUAAAAUCAUGAUCGUGAGUUUGGUACCUAGAUGAAGAAACCAUCCAGUGUGGUUUGUUAUUGUCGACUUUCGUGUCUUUUAAAACUAGCUGAUUUGAGAGGAAAGCUUAUUUAGUAUGGUAUCAUAUUCUCGAGGGGGACUGGACAUGUACCGAUACAGAAACCGAUACAGAUACUGGGGGUCUAAUUCACCUUUGUAUCAGAUCCACACUGAGAAUUUUUUUCAUCGAAAGUCAUUUUUGGCUGUUUUGACAGAUACAAACGUCAGCAUGGAAAGCGAUACGGAUAUCACGGCCGAUCCAGAUGUCGAUAUCAGUGCUGCUGUUCUCGUCAUUUAAGCCAACCGUUUUUCUUUUGUUCUGAUCAGCAUUAUUAUUAUCGUGUUAUACUACUCCUCUCGUGACUUUUUCGUCCAGAUCAACACACAUAUCAUUUCCCUGAAGCCCUUGAGACAGUGGUCGCCCAUUUCGCCCCACAGGUUUGUGUGCUUCUGUGUGUGCGUGUAUACCACAUUGUAUUGACGCAGUCUGUUUGAAUGGUAUUAGUCCUCUUUAUUUACCAUUAUUUAUUGGCACUAUAGCUGAUUGGUAAUUAAUGCAUUGAUGCUUGGUUUGUUUUUAAUGACUGAUAUCAAAGCUUCUCCUCCCCUGUAGUUAAUCAAAGUCAUGUUUUUUGCCUCUACCACAAGCACUAAACGGUUAAUCACAGACAGUAUUAUGAUGUGCAAUGUAUUGAAAUGUUACUCAGCUUUAUUUUUUUAUUUUCUGUAUUUCUUUGUUUCCCCACAGCUUUUUAUUUUCAUGAUAGACCAAAUCAUAUUUUAUUGGUUAAUUUUCGCUCUCUCGUCUGUGUGUAUAAGACAAAUUGGGUGUGUGGUGUAUUCAAUUAGAUACGUUUUAUGGAUUGCUAAGAACACUUAAUUCAUGAAAAGGGCAAAAUGACUACGCAGCACCUUUGUUGUUGUUGUUGCUGAUGUACUGUUGUCACUCUGCAUAAACCCCGUCACCCCUCAGAUCUCUUAAGACAGGCCUACAGCUCCACAACAGUGCUGCGCUGAGGGCUUCACUUGACUUGAAAAUGGUAACACAAUGAACCAAAGACUCUACGUCCAGAGGCCUUCUGUUAAAACCGGUUGCUUUGAUCGAGUGUUUGACUCAUUAUGCAGAGGGGAAGAACAUAAACCAUCCCUGUCAUUCAAACAUAACCAAUGAUGCUUCAAACUAAUGCUGACAGCAUACGAGACAAUUUCCUACGGAAAUGUGUAUUACAGAUCUUUUCUGGUUUCCUUCUCAGCGGGUGAGGAGCAGGCGCUAAGGUGUGUCUCAUGGUACUCGGGUGUUUCAUUCACCCAGAGGUGGACGGCGCUCCCUCUCCUCCUCCUCCUCCUCCUCCUCCUCCUUCUUCUCCUGUGUACAGUGUAAAAGUAUUUCCUGUUUCCUGACUCAGAGUAAGUUUUAUUUCUGGGGCGGGAACAGCAAAACAUCCUCAAUGCAGUGUAAAGAUUCUCUCUUGUACAUUUUCCUUUUCUACUCGUGUGGUUUUCUACUUCAUUUUUUCCCCCUGUAUAUACAGACCAAUAAAUUAUUUUUAAAAAUGGUUUACCUUAUGAA